UGUUGCUGCAGCUGCCGACAUAAAUCAAAAGUUUGUUUCCGAAAACUUCUACCACAGCCUUGAAGAUGACGAGCGCUGAGAAGUUCAGACAAGACAAUGUAGCACUAUUGGUGCUAUCUGCAGUAUUCUUGGCACUUAUUACCAUUCUCAGUGUGUGGAAGUUAAAACAGUUUAAAUAUCGACUCAUACAUGAAACUGGGGGUGCAAUGUUUUGUGGUAAGUAGCCCUGGCUUAAAGUGUAUUUGAGGAUAGGCUGAAUACGGAAGCUGUUAUUAAGCAACACUUCCGAGGCUUACAGGUUCAAAACCUGUCUGUAAUUCUCCCCAAGAAAGUUUGUUUUGUUUUUUCUUUGGGUUUCACCUCAAAUGGGUCUAAAUUAUUUAGUUUUGCUUUGUGCACCAGCUUUUUUUGUAGACUUAUUUCAAUGUGAAGAGUUUUUUCUGGUUUUGAAGAGCCAAAAUAAACAUUAAUUUCUCUGUUAAAACUAAUGAGACCUUGAGUGACAGGAUUGAUAAGUUUCAUAAUAUUAUUUUGAAUGCCUAAAGCAGCUAUGUGUGCUGGGUGUUGGACAAAAUGAAGUUGUUGGUUAUGCAUCCUGACACCUACCCUGCAGCAGUUGUUUCAGGCACUUAGAAUGACUCCAUAUAAUUUGUCUUUAUGAUGGAGAUUAUGUUUGCCUUUUUAGAUCACUGAGAGAUAUCAGUAUUAAUUUCAAUCAGUUGCAUUACAAGUCAAAAUAUCUUCAGUGGAGCUUUAAUAAUGAGAAAUAGUUUGACGUAUGAUUUAUUCGUGGUGAUUUAUUUCGCUAUAGUGGGAUGCUUGUUUAAUUUGGAUCAAUGUUUUACUGUUAUGCCAAGGUUACAUCGACUCCAAGGUGGUCUAGAUGUCAUAACAAAUUUGAUAAGCAUUACACUUGAUUUAUAAUAUUUAAUAAAAGCCGUUUUCACUUGUGUUACAUCACCAGAACAACAUACAAUAUAGAUAAGCUUCUUACAUAUCAUUUGUGUGAGGUUGUAUGAUUUUGUUGAUUUGUGUUGGAUCUUAUCAUAAAGGCAUGAUAUUACUUGAUUGAUUUUUUGUGACAGCAAGCUUUAUUCUUUGUUUUUAUUAAAUUUUCAUGCAGGUAUGCUGGUUGGGUUGACAGUGAGAUGCUUAUCAUCUGAGUCUGGAGGACAUUUGAUCAAUAUGGAGACUGUUUGCACUUGCAGUGGUCUUAACAGCACUCCUCACAGCUUGAUGAUCAACAUGACAUCCCACUUUGACUGUUUUAGACACAUCGGGAAGGUCCGUGAGAGAUGCCCCACAGUCUCAAGCCCUCAUAUGGUAACCAUGGUGAUUAAAUUUUAACUUGCAUUUCAAGUACACAUUACAGAGGUGGGUAUUUUUUUGUGGAUAGGUGUAGCAGUGAAAACAUUUGCUUCAAAGGCUGCAAAAUCAAUACUGCAGAAGGAGCACAGAAAGAUAUUGCAUCAUACAAAAUGUUUCUUUUGGUGUAAUAUUGUUUCAUUUUUCACAAAUAUUUGGCUUUAUAUCCUUUCCUUUAAUCGCAUCUACAUUCUGUCCCUUGUGUAUGCUGCUUAUUCACAUGAACAUUGUCCUCUAAUGCUGCUCACUUAUUGGUUUUCCUCUGAAUUACUUUCACGGUCUGUUUGUUAUUAAGGAAGCAAGAGAGAGGUGGUACUGAGAGAUAGUGGGAUGGAGAGCAAUUUAACCUAUAUUAGGGAUUUAUUAAGGAACAGAUAGCAGAGAUAGCGGCUUCAGAUGUGCUGUGAGAACAAGAGGAAAUUACAAGGCAACUAAGCACAGAAACCAAUAAACAAAACGUAUACUUAGACUGUAGAAGUGGAGGUAAUAAAGCAACAGAGGGAGCUGAUCAAUGAACCAGAAAUGCUACGCUCUAGAUUUUCUCAAAAUAACAUCCAUGCCGAUAUCUGUGAGCACCAUUUAAAAACAAAACAUUUGCCUAUAAUGGUAACGGUCAGAAUUGCAGAUGGGAGGUUGUGAUACAGGCAGGGGAUCUCAACAUUUGCUGCAGCUUCUUCCUCCGAAAAAGAGACAUGGCCUUGACAGUUCAUGACACAAAACAGUGCAUGAAUGUGUAUCAUAGUGAAUGUCAAUAAAGUAAAUUAUGAAAAAUGCUGUUGGACUGCAAAUCAUAAAGCAGUUUAGUAAGCAUUCAAUGGUGCAUUUUUACUGAGCCAUAUUACACUGUUGUCAAUAAUGUGGUUUAAAGGUAAAGGAAUUGUGAUAAUUAACAAUCUGUAGUUGCCAGAUUCUAGAUUGGAUUGCUCCCUUGCUCACCCCUCUCGUCUGUGAAGCAACGGCAGCCUUUGGGGACAAAAAGCCCCUGUAAUGCAUCAAAGGUGGAUCCUCAGUUUACCAAGUUUUUUCUCAUUAAAAAUAGCUCAAUACAAAUUCUUCUGCGCACAACAACAGAUACUCUAUUUGUCUUUGUCCUCAAACGAGAUACAAAACCCCAUAUGCCACUAGUUUGUAUGUUCUGAGCCUGGACAGAAACAUGGUCGGGCAGGAUGGAAUAAAAUAAAUUUGAAGGUUUUAUAAUAUCUGCCAAGCCCAUGGCUGAUCUUUAGUUAUCUUUUGAUAUUAUCACUGUUUGUUGGCUUUGGUUUUUAUCCAAGUCAUUCUAUCCAUCCUGAGCCAGGGAUUCACUGAAAAUUUGUCCAACAAGCAUGAGAGGAAGUGAAAUGAGCGUGUUUGAAGAUGUAUUUCCCAAUUCCAGAGUGACAUUUUAACCCAAGAACAAGUGAGCAAGUGAACCAUGAACCUUGCAAAUCUUCUAGGCCAAGUGUAACUCUUCACUAAUGGCUUGGACUCUUUGGCCCCCUUUGAAUGCUUGGUUCUCAUUAGUAAACCAGCAGAGGCUACCACAAAGGCCAUUACAUCAGUCAGUCUAUUCUGUGUAGCCUUCCUGCCAUUAAGUCUGAUACAUAUGGGGGACCUAGCUGGGCCAGAUAAGGAUUUCACUGCAUUACUGAGUCCAUUAUGUGCCACCGGGGAGUAAGGCAUUAAAGUUUGUGGUCUGAUUAAAUAUAGCGCAGCUCGGCUGAAGAGGCAAUUAGUGUAUACAACACACCUCCAUCUUUGACUGUGUAGCGCAGGUGGUCCUAAGAAUUAAACCCUCAGAAGUGCAUUAUUUAUUUUUUACAUUGUAUUCGUCUCUUUCAUGUAGUAUUACAUUUGUCAUGCACAGCCUGAACAGAUGAAAAAUAUAUGCAAACUGUGCUGUGCGGGUAAUUUCAGCUGCAGAAAAAGUAAUUCGUAUUGCAAAAAAGGCUUCGUAGUUGACAGAAAGAAGCAAUUAGUCGCCCUAGAAACCAAUCCAAGUGUGAAUUACUGGAAAGCACGGUGGCUGAAAAACUAUUCUGGGGGCUUUCAGGCAUAAGAAACAAUAAUUAAAGAUAUCGUGUGAAAUUUUAAAUAGUAAUGGAACAGAGUUCAAAUAGUAAGAAAAUGAGCUAUAAAAGCAAAGAAAAACAUCCCCAAUCAGACUGAUUCUCUUUUUUGUGGUUAUUUGAAGUUAUUGAAACUGGUGCCGCAGGGUAGGAGGCAGGUGAAGCGAUGAACUGCGAAGCUAAAAGAAUUUUUUUAUCAUAAUCAUGGCUAUGAUUCUUGAUGAAUGAUGGUUAAAAGACAGUAGGAUAAUAUUUUGUGUGGAAAAAACUUAAGCAUGUGCAAAUCAAGAACCCAUGAACUUCAGAGGAGCUUUAAAGAAAUAAUAGUAACAAAUCCAUAUUACAUUGAAAUGUAAACCAAAAUAUUUUUCAAAGUAAGACUUAUCUUUAUUCAUUCUCAAUAUCUAAGCUUUCUUUAACCUUUCUUCAACCUUUUUUAUUUUUGUUUAAAGUCAAAUAAGAGCCAUUCUCAAAAGUGUGGAACCGCAGUAAACCCCAUCUCCACAUCUUUCCUCUGGAUUGAAAUUCAUUUGAAUAUGAAUGUAACUCUUAGCAAUGUAAUGAGACCUUAUGAGAUGUAGGGACUGCAGAAAAAGUAGCAUUAUUUUGAUCUGAAUUGACUAUCACUGCUGUUUGAUCCUCCGAACGCACCCACAAUAGACAUAAAAAGGAUUCAAGGAUGAAGUACAUGAAAGGCUACCUUUCUGAGCAGCUUGCAUUGCACUAUAUUGGCUAGGAUAAGAAACAGCCACAGAACGUGCGCUGUAUGAUAAAAAUGCCCUGCACUCUUUGCUUGCUGUCUGCAUUGAAGGUAGAUUGCCAUGUUUGCUGGCAGAAUUUACUCAAUCUGUUGUCUGAACACCUGUGGCUAUACUUAUGGUACUUGCUUAUUUCUAUUCCAGUGACUGCUGGGAGCCUCCAUGCUGAAGACUGACACGAGCUGUUAGGCUUCUCACUUUGUGUUAUGCUUCGCUUUAAUCAGUCUGAGAAGUCUGAGUCAUGGCACACAGACAAAAUGCUAAUGUAAUGCAGUACACAGUGAUUAUACCAACAGCUCUAUAAGCAGCAUCUUGCGGCUUAACUGAAGGCCCAAAGUUUGCUGAAAAAUUUGUUGCAUUUCCUAGCCAUAAUGGAACAUUUAAACACCAAUUAACACACAUUUUAAUCACCUAAUUGCAAUACUCUUACAGUUUGAUUCAGUAGAUUUUGUACUUCAAAAUACAAGGCAAUUACACACUGAAAGCAAACUAAAGCAAAAGAACUGAUUGAAAUAUAAAGUGGAAUAAUAAUAAGAAUGUUAUUGUUUAUUCUAGAUCUAAAGUUGUUGUUUUUUUUUUUAAUCCAAAAAAUGCUCUAUUGUCAAAAGACACACUGUAUACUGUGUUUUUAUCUCCUUGUUUUUAUCUCAAUAGCUGACAUAUUCAGUAUGUGAAGAAUAAUGUAUAGUGAGCAGAUGGUUAUGCAGAUUAGAAACCUGACAAGGUGAGGUGGACAACCAACCAAUCACAUAAAGAAACUGACUCUAAAUAUUUGCUGCGUUCAAGUUACCUCGCAAGUCAGAUGUCCGAGCUGGGAAUGACGCCACACCUACGUUACCAGCGUUUCAGUUACCAAGUUAGAAAAGCAAAAUCGGAGGCGGGAACAAGAUGGCUACAUCUACGAAAUGGGGUGCUAAAAUAACUUAAAAUAACUAAAAUAACAAGCCCUAAAAUAACUUGCGCAAAUGUAGCCAUCUCGUUUCAGCCUCCAAUUUUGCUUUUUUCCGACUUAGUAACCGAAACACUGGUUACCCGGGCGUCAUUCCCAGCUCGGACAUCUGACUUCCGAGGCAACGCGAACGCAGCAAUUGAUCAAAGAUAACUUUAUCGCUUAGAAAAAGAAAAAAAAAGUAAAUUGCCCCUUUAAUUCCAUGGUUAGAGAUGCUGCCAUGGCAACAAAUUCUUCUCAGCCUUCUUGCAGGAAAAAUGAACAUUAAAAGUGAAAAAUUACAUUUCACUCUCUGCCUAUUUUUUACAAACCACCUCAAACUGAAGUUAACACUAUACUCGCCUAGGUGAUGAGCUAAAGAACACACUGUACAUAUUCCAUCUGUUUUUUAACGCAACUUAAAAGUUAAUACCCAACAUGGUAAAAAUUUCCCCCUAUUUGAGCUGUUAAAAUGCAUCAAGAUAAUACGUCUGUUCAGUCAAGGUAUCAGCUUUAGAAGAAUUAGAGAAGUUCCAGCAUUAGCACAUAAACCUAGAGUACCACACAGAGACAUGACAUGCAACAGUUUUUCCAUUUUAAAGAGAGCAGAGUUACUGCUGUGUUGGUACCUGCAGACUGUUAUGAAUUGGAAGAGUAAAAAGAAGAAAGUCUACUGGAACACAGCUGCUAAAGUGCACAAUAAGUGUGUGUGCUUGUGCGUGUGUGUGUAGUAGACUGUCUGUCAGACGGUAAACAGAGUCCUCCUAUCCCCACAGAGCCCUGUCAGUCAGUCAGCAACACAACAGCUCUGUCUCUUUACAGGAGACCUUUGAUCCGGAGGUCCUUUUCAAUCUGUUCCUGCCACCCAUCAUCUUCCAUGGGGCUUACAGCCUUAAUCAGGUGAGACGGCUGCCCUGACAUGCCUCAAACUAGUGGAAUAGACUUCAUCAGAGGACUGUGCAUUUAAUGUGUGUGCUUCUUCAUGUUGAAAAAGAAGCUCUCUGUGGAGUUUAUGCUGCUUUUUUUUUUUUUUUAAAUCAAAUUUCAGCAACUGUGUCACAUAUUGUGUUUGUACAGUGUCACUGAUUUGUUUUUAUUUUUAUUCCAGAGAAGAUUCACUGAAAAUAUUGGAUCCAUUGUGACUUUUGCUUUUCUGGGCACCAUUAUCAGCUGUACUAUCACAGGGUAAGCCUUUUUUUUCUGUUCAGUCACACAAGUGAAAACAAUAGAAAUACAAAAAAAAGACACAAAGCUGAGGUGCAAAGAAGUGAGAGAACAACUGUGAAACAGCACCUGCUGUAGGAAGAUCUCACAGCAGUGGAUUUUUUCACGCAAAUCUACAACAUUUAAAAGGAUUCCUUGAUUUUAAUGUGCGUUAUUUUGGUUUGUUUGCUGACAACAUUUUAGCUGAGGUACACUUUAUCCAAAAGUAUACAUGCUUCUCUCUUCUUAAAUAGGCUGUAUGAAAAUAUUGACAAUUCGAGAUUUUCAGUUCAUAUGUUGCUCAUUUUCAGUCAUAUUAAAGCUCCUGUAGGGGAAAUGUUUGUUUAGUUUAGUUUUUGCCCUCAUGUGUUGACAGACCCUUUGCUACUCUUCCCCCAUGCAUGCAUAGGAAGUGCUCUCUGUCAAAGAAAAUCUCAUCCUGCGUUAAAUUUAAUACACACUUUAAAUAUUUAUGGAAAAAGUUGCCAUUUGUCUGGCUCCCUCAUCCCUUGAAGUGAAAAUAUAUAGAAACUGUCAGUCUUAAUGCCUUUGCCGGUCAUUGAAGCGUCACUUUUAAUAUCAGUCUGUUUCACAGCUGAUUAAAAAUUGCUCAUGGGGGGCUUUUAAUAAAAAAACUAUCUGGAAUUUUGGGACAUUUGUUAAUUUAUUGACUGUGUCCCAGUUCCUAACAGUAUACCUUUAUAUGGCACAUAAAACUGAUGCAAAUUAUUAAUUUUACAAAGGUAAUCCAUCUUUAAAGAGAGUUGAAAAAGGUUUUUAAAAAGGUCUCAUCCCAGUUGGCUUUGUGCAUGUCACUGUGGUACAGUGAGGCUUAAAUAGCAUUGGAGUAUCUGAUAAUGUUGAAAACUUAUCUAUUUUAUAUGGUUCCAGAAAGCUCUGUUGGUGUACAUGUAUGCCCUGACAUACUAAAGUACAUAUCAUAAUUCACCUAACAUGAGAAGUCUGUAACACACAUAAACAGGACCUUUAAAACAAACAGAUUGUCUCAUUUAUUCGUUUCGACUUCCUAUAGAAUUUUCUGUUCAUACUACUUGCUGCUAUUCCAGUUUAAAAAGCUAGAUGGCACUGUCUGACUUCAGAGGAAACAAACAUUAACUGAUGCAUUCAUUUGCUGAGAGCAGAGGCUGUAAAUAAACCUCAGAAGUCCAGUUUUAUUGGUGCACUGAAACAACUCCAGUCUCCUCUGUGAGCAGAAAUAGAUAAUAGUCAACGAAAAUGUUUCAUGUUUUAAAACUGAUGUUGGAGAUGGUGAUGGUGUUGAAUUGGACUAUACUGAAAGGUGUAUCUGGAACAAUAUUCUGCCCCCUUUACCUCUUUAUAUAAGAAUCUACAACAUCAGCUUUAACUACAACUUAAUGAAGUAAGUAUAAGUGGAUUAACUGACAUAUUUAACAUAGUUUAACCCAAAGUGAACAUAAUGAGCUUUAGAAAGAUAGAGGGUUGUAAAUUAGUUGUUGUAUUGAACUAAAGUAGAUUGUCUUUUGUAUGGUUUCAGUAGUUCUUUCCAUCUCUAAAAGACACUUUCUUGCUCAACUGAUCACAUUUUAGCACCGUUUUAGGAAUUUUGCCUUUAACAUCUUUCAGCUGAGUGUUUUGGACUCCUCUAACCUUCAGAAACUCCAGUAUCUAAGAUGUUGUCUCUCCUGCCUUUUAAGCAGUGCGUCCCCCCUGGAGCACCCUUUGUCAAACUCUCCCACUUCCCCAGGGAUACAGGGCAGGGUUUGACAUGUCGGGUCACGUGCACAUUCUUUGAUACGAAGGCACCAGACCUGACCAAUCCCGUCGCUUGUUAGCGAGUCUGCUUUAUCCCUUUGGGAAAACAGUGUCAUGGGAGUGAGGGAGCCUUUCUGAGUCAGUUGACAGAGCACGUCCACUUCCUCCCCCCCAGUGUGUGUGUCUGUCUCACACACAUACACACACAAACACACACACUACACAUCAUUACCAUAACUGCAAAUCUCCCUUAAAGAUACAUGAUUAAGACAGCUUAGCUGCCCAACCUGUGGGCACUGCUUUAAAUCCCAGCCUUAGGGACAGGUCGUGUGCCGUCACUAUGGUUACAUAGUGAUGCCAGUGGACAGAAAGGUCCCUGGGAAGACACGCUGGCAGCCUGAUUAUUAUGGGAUGCUUCACAGUAACAGGAUUAGUACUUAACACACAUUCUUUGGCGGUGAGACGCUGGACUGUAAGGCUGAAUGCUGAGUAGAUGUGUUGGCAUAUGGGUCACAGUGUGCAAGUUUCUUUGACUUAUGACAUGCAGCUGUGCAUUCUGGGCCAACAGGAUUUAAUAUUUGGGCUUAUUAGAUUUGUCUAACCCUGUUUUGUAGUUUUCACCCUCAAACAUGCCUUUCAGACAGGUAAUUCUCUGGACACACACUUGCACACACUCUCACUUUAUAAAUAGAACUUUGUGUCCACCUGUGCAAAGCAGCCGCUGCCUCCACUCAUGCACUGGCCCCGUUACCCAGACUUCUCUAGGGGAAGCCCCGUUGCGGUUAGAGAGGCAGCUGAUAGGACUUCUCUGGCUGGCGCUUCUUGAUGACCUCACAUUGUGUCCCUCCGUCUGUCCUCCACGGCAGGGCCUGCGUCUUCGGCUUCACCAGACUGAUGGUGCUGUUUGACCUGGCAGCAGAUGGAGACUUCUUCUUCUCCGACUGCCUGCUGUUUGGAGCCAUCAUAUCAGCCACUGACCCAGGUAACGAUGAACUCACAAUGAACUGGCAUCACUUCUAAAGGCAAAAUUGUUUAAUAUCUAAAACUCUACAGCCAAAAUUCUACAUCAUUUCACAAGACACACACUUUCUUUCUUCAUAGGUGCAAAAAAAACCCAUCCGAAAUGUUCUCAGGCAUGCCCUGCACACACUCAUAAGAAGUAUUCAGUCAGUUCAAUAUGUACAAAUAAGCUAGAGUAAAAAAAAUGAUGAAAUCCAUGAUGGGUGAAGACUGGUUGAGUCUCUGUAGAUUUCUCCCCUCUGCUGUUUCUUGAUUUUGAUCUGGUACAUGGAUUUCUCUGCAGUAUCAGACAUCAAGAUGUCACAAAAGCGCACGUAUCCUCAGCUGAAGUCUGAAUACAGAACCUAAAGCAGGAAAAAGCCCGGUAAAAGAAAUUCAGAUUCUUUUUUUUUUCAUUUUUUUCACCCGCAGAAAUGGAAAGAAGACCUCUGUUUGGUAUUUCUGCCACCACUUUUAUGAGACCUUUUUACUUCAAGUGAAAAUAAAGAAAUAAAUGAAUGAAAAAAAUAAAAAUAUUGAAGGAAACAAAGUAAAACUUAAUUUUAUCCUUGCUGGAACAUGCAUAUCUUUCAGUUGGCUAUACUGGUAGAUUCACUGUCAUCCUCAUCACCACAAGUCCCCCCUAGUGGUCACAGUCAUGGUCUGCCUCUUCUUCUCAGUUGCACAUUCCUCAUAUCUAAUUCAUCACGAUACAGUUUUAAUAUCUUAUGAGUGAUAAGCAGUGAUGGAUAAUAUCAAGAAAUCAUAUUUUUAUGUGCAGUUUUCUAGUCCUUUUAGGCUGGAGCCAGCACUGAUGUUUGUAAAGCAGCACAAAUCAUGCAAAAUAAAAAUUCGCAGUUCCUGUCAAAUGUGUCUGAGCUGACGUCUGGAGCCUGUUGGGAGAAUGUAAGGAGUGGGAAAGGCAGAUUUUUGUGCUCACAUAUAAAGUUAAGCUACCUGCAAACUCUGCAGAAGUGUUUGUUAAUACAGUUGGAAUAUAAAAUAUGUUACAGAAGGAAAACCCAGCAUAUGGUGUUUCUCUCCCCCACAUCUCUGUUUCUCCUCUUCUAGUGCACCAAAGAUACUGUUAGCUCUACAUGCUGUAUAUUUGAGGUGUUUGCUGUUCAAAUCAAUAACACAUAUCUCUGUUACAGCUUUGGCAGUACCAUCAUACACGACCAUCCUUUCCUUUGUCUCUAUACUUUUGCAUAACAAAGAUUGAUAGUCAAGGCUGGAGGCAGAAACAAAGUCACAGUGCCCUCUCAGUAACUGCUUUGAAUCCGUGUCACCUUUUCCUCGUGGAACCACCGCAUAAUUUGUGUUUUUGAGUUGGAUGUCAUAAGGCAUCCAACAAUGCUGCCAAAGCGGGAAUGUUAAUGUUCCAAUUUGGUAAUGAAUUAGAUUAAAUAGUAAAUGGCUGAAGAGGACAGCUGAUCAUUAUGGUGCAGCUGUCAGUCAGAAACUCAGCUUCACCCGACCCCAGCGCCCUCAUCACUUUGAUAAGAAUCACACUGCAAUGCAUCCACCGCCCAAACGCCAAGACCUCUUGGCUGCCUCCUUCUCCUUCUGUCCAAAUACGGAGCCAGACCCUUGAUUUUCAAAGAGGGACCCAUUAAACUUUCCGUCUCUCUUCUCUCAUUUGUACAUUUGCAUUUAAAUGUGCAAGACAACCACAAACACACCACUUUCAAUUCACACAUAUACAUGCACAUUUUUUUAAAAUUUUGAUGUCAAAAGCCCAGAGUGGCAGCUCUCUGCACGUGUCAGUGACUCACGGGGAGACAGCCUCACUGUCACGUCCAAACUGAAAUGAUGGAGAUCGAGAGGAUGCUGUGAAAGUCAUCACAGGCUGGCAGCUAAGCGUUGAGGGAAAUUGAAUUUAUUUGCUUCUUUUCUUGCACAGAAUUCUGGAGUAUUGCAGAGAUAUGGGAUUAUCAGGUCGUCAUUGCAGCUCUUAUGACUUAUUCAAGCCCCCCCCCCUUUUUUUAGAGCAGUGCUCAUGAAAUAACAUUAGUCCUGCUUAUGAAAUUGUUAUGGUGGAUAAAAGAAUGUGACAUUAACAUGUGGCAGGCUAUCUGAAGCUCAAGAUCAUGAUAUAAUCAUCUUGAUAUUCUCCCUAACAGAUGCUUUCUGAAAAAAAAGAAGUUUCAGAAGGAAAAAUCAAGUUAUGAGGAAGAGACUAUUUUGUCUAAUAAUUAGAUUUAAAUAAAUAAUACAAUAAUUCCUGGUUUUCACAAACUUUAGCCAAAACAAGUUGCAUAAUUAUUACACUUAACUCUCUAAAAGUCUUGUUUGAAAACUCACAGAAGUUUCCUUUUCUUUCUACUUCUUUUUUUUUUUUUAGCAUAUCUUAUGAACAUUUUCACCGUGUGAACAUCAGCCAGCAUAUAAUACAAAGCAGAAGUUUCUGAAAGUCUUCAAAUAAAAGUUUUCUUCAUUUGACAAAGAUUAUUAAAAAAAAAACAAAAAAAUCUGAAAAUGUUACAAAGUUUUAUGAAAGCUUCCAUUUAAUUUCUGUAAAACCUCAAUUUUGAAAACAUUUCUAAAAUGUUUUAAAAUGAUUUUUCUGGAAAUCAACUAAAAAUUCCUGUAAUGUUUGAAAAAUUUCCAUUAAAAUAGUUCCAAGCUUUCACAAAAUCCUCAAAAAGUUCAGUUGACAAGUUAGUGUUCAACAAGUUUUCUCAUGUUUUCAAGAAUAUUUUGUACAAAAGAACAUGUUCAAACAGUUUUAGGCAAAUGUUUUUAAAAGCAUAAAAAAAUUAGCAAUGGAAGUUUCUUAAAUUUGCUUGAGAAUAUUUAGAUAAAAGUUUCAUGUGUAUAACUGACUGAAAACCAGGUGAGAACAAAGACAUUUUUGACUCUGUAACUUCUAAGUUCUGGGGCUUGUACCACUCCCCAAAGCUUUGAAACCUUGUAACCUGUUCUUAUAAGACUCGCGGUUCAGGUCACAAAGAAGAACACCUGCUGUGGUGCAUCCUCCAGCCUCAGGCUUGGUUACCAGAGGUCGUGAAACCUUCGCUUAACUUUUCAAAGGCAGAAUUUUUUAUGGCUGGGAAUGCUCUGCAGUUUUUCCUUUCAUCUUUGAGUUUAUAUUUAAAUAUUUAUUUUCUUAUUUGAAAGAGUCCUCUGAUGUGAACACUACAAUUUCUCUCUGGAUGCCAGAGCUUCCAGUAAUGCUGAAGUGGGACAUUGAUUUUUUUAAAUAGGGCAGUCAAAUGAUUCAGUUUUUGAUAGCAAUUAAUUGCUAAAAAGAGUUAAUUCUGGUUCAUCAAAUUUUAGUCCAUUGUUUGAAAUUCCGCCAUGAUGCAUAUCAAGAAGGUGUUCAAUGCAAAGCAGUUCUUACCAGUGUCUCGAUGUAGUUUUAUUCACAGAUCUUUACUGUUACUCUGAAAAAUAGUACUCCACUGGCUUUUGCUACGCAGCCAGCCCCUGACUUCAGUCUGAUUAGCUUACCAUUUGCUUAAAUUGCUGGUGGUCGCUUGAACUUUAAGUGCUUUGGUGACAUUCUCAUUUAGUUUGACACAAAAUGCAUAUUACUUUUGAUUACCUGUCUGUGUAUUUUUAAAGUGAAAAGUGCCUCUCAAAAGGGCAGGGUAUUGUUAUUUUCCAUUAGCAGGAAGCAAGAAGACACUGCGGUAGCUUAAAUACUGUGCCCUGAAAGGGACAAAAGAGUCUGUGAUAUAAACAAACAUAGCUUGAGAGUUACUACUAAAGUCGAGAGUAAAAUACAGUUAGACUCUGGUGUGAACAUAAUGCAGUCUACCAGCAACAAUGCAAUAUUACACUUGGAAGUGAGGAUUAUACUCACUGUUGAGCAGCAGUACCAUGCAUUUCAGAAGAAGUAAGAUAAAGUUGCAGCUUUUAGUGACUAGUCUUAAGCAAAAUGUAGUAAGCUCAAACAGACACUGGUUACAAACUGAAGCUUACAAUAUCAUGAAACUGGUAUGAUUCAAUAAGGCUAAAACACCAUAUUCCAUCCAGCCUUUCUUGCACUUGUUGCUUAGAGCUAUUUAUUCAUGGCUGUUCUUGCUCUUACUGCAUAUUUAGAUAGAUAGACAUCUUAGAUGGUGGGAAAACAGAAACUGACAGCUAGAAGUGUGUAACUCGAUCUCAAAAGCCCAAACUUCUCAGUUGUCAGUAGUAGGUCAACCCAUCCAUCUUAUGGCCUCAUUCAUGUGUCAAAAUACGAAUAUCUCUUAGAUCUUAGUUUACGACUUAUAAGUGCACAUCAGCACACACAUUAACAACUAUGAAAACGCUUCUUUUUUGUUAUUUCUGGUGAGCUAUGAAUGUAAAACGCAGACUUAUCCAGAUAUAUAUCCCAUUGAAAUGCAGCUUAAAUCAAUAGGGACCUUUUUCUAGCCAACCAAAGAUGAUAAAGAGAAAAAUCUAAGAGAACUAUCAACUUUGUAAUGCUGGUUUCCUUGCUUUGUAGCCAUGAGCUGUGACCCCUGUUUGUGCACUUGUCCCUGCCCUCAUAUCGAGUACUUUUCACCCUCAGCUCUGAAAAUUAUAGCAAUUCCCUGUUGACUGUUGUCUGCCUAAUUUGGCCGAAUCAGCGAGCAAAUCCCACGCUCUCUAACCACGAUGGCCGCGGGCUUUGCCUCCUCUGAACCUCUGCAGCUGGGUAAUUUGACCUAAUAAGGCUUCCAUCCAACCCUUUCAACUGUAUUAGGUCUGAAAUAAUUGUCUACUCUCUCUACCUUAUGGUGUUGCUGUGGAAACUGAUGAACACUUGACAGCUGUAGGACGUGGGUUGCCAUGACAACCCAGCCAACCCGCACCCUCCCAUGUAUGAGAGAAUGUGUGUGCGGUGGACGCUCUUUUUUUUUUUUCCCCAUCUUGCAGAGCGACUGGUGCUCGCCAUGCUGUCAUCAGCCAGGCAUUAUGGGUGCAGGGAGAUGGAACGAUCGUGACUUCAGGGGCCUACCUCACCCCCUUCAGAUAAAGGAUCUUCCCUCAACCAGGAAGAGCUUUAAACCUGUCAAAGACCAAAGAAGCAGAUCUGUCAAAACAAGUCCUAAGGCUGCUCUCUUGCCACUGCUCUUAUUGUCAGUCUGCUCGUACACGGACCAUGAUGCCCUCUCUGACCCGAUGUUCACUACGGGGCCAAACAUCGCUAUCAUGCUAGACUCAUUAUUCACAACAGCAAGCUCCAUGACACGGAUUUAAAGGAUUUUUUUCCACAUCUUGGCCUCAACAAGUGGAACAUGAACCUAAGGAGAGCAGUUGUUGUGAAUAUGAAAUUGUCUGGCCUUUAUAACGGCACUGCUACAAACUCCCAUUUCCUCUCCACUCCUGUGUUAUCAUAGUUGUGUAUGUGUGUGUGUGUGUGUGAGAGAGAGUCUGUCUCCAUACCCAACAUUGUUUUUCCUGUCAUAUGAUAAUUUUGUUUUGCCUUGUCUCUCCUGGGAUGGAUUUGUGCCAGCACUUUCCUAUCGACUUUAUCUCAUCCAUCCGUCUAUCUAGCAAUAUAUUUAACUGCAGCGAUAUCCUGCACUGUGAUGUUAAUCUAAUCUAAUCUGCAGUUUCUAUACACAUAGAGCUAACAAUGCUGCAGCUUGCAGAAAGAAAUACCAUGUGUUGACAGGAAGACUGAAGCGGACAGGCCCAUCAGCGCCUCGUCAAUGUCAGUAUUCGACUUGUCACUCAGUGUCAACGCACAGCCGUUCUGCGCUGCCGAGAUGCGUGCGCAACAUGCUCAUUCAUAUUCUCAGCAUCUUGUGCCCCGUGUUUACCCACUCCAUGCGAACUCACCACAGAGUUCUCCUCACAUUACAAUCAUUGGAUGCAGUAAGAGGAGAGAUUCAGUCGUAUGAAUGAUUUAUAGUACUCAGUUUUUAUUAGGGAUAUCACAUUCAACUUACAAUACAGCACAGUUCAAGAUGCUGGGUUCAAUAAUACUUUUUUAAGGGUGUAUGUAAAUGACUAUUUAUUUUUAAGCUUUAGGGAGGAGAUUCCCGAAAAUGAUGUUCUUGUUCCGCUUUUAUUUUACCUUUCUCACUGCUUGUGCCAAGGUUACUUUAUCUCCUGCAUUGAGAACAAAUGUGGGCUCUCUCUGGGUCCUCCUGCUUCCUACAACUACUCCCACAGUCCAAUGGUACACUUGUAAGGUUAAUUGGUGACUCAUAAUAGCCUGUAGGUGUAAGUUUGUGCAUGAAUAUUUUUUUCAUGUCAGCCCUGUGAUAGGCUAACAACCUGUUCAAUGUACUCUGCCUCUCUCCCAAUGAUGGCUGGAAUUGGCUCCAGCUUCCCACGACCAUUAAUGGGGUAAAGGGUCAGCAUAGAUAAUGGAUGAAUGGAUGGUGACGAGUGUGGAUAAUAAAACGAAAGAUGUAGAUUGAAAAACAGCAAAAUGAAAGAUGAACGUUAAAAAUAUUAUCGGGAUGAAAAAGAAAAACAUUGAAAUGGUUGGACCUCCAAGGUAUGAGCCAUGUGUUGACAUAUCCAAAUCAACGUUACCUUUAGAAAAAGCUAAUUUAGGGUACCUUCUUUGGUUGAUGAAACCUUUAUUGCUAUAAUGACUGAACUGAAGGAAUAUAAUGUUGUCAUGAGACACCAAGCAGAGGAUUUUUUGUAAUUACACAGUUUUAAUUUCUUAUCCUCCAGACUCACUGCUAUCCCGGGUUCAAACUACAACUGUUUCAUUUCACGUAAACCAAAGCCGUCUGGGCUUAAUAGCUCUACAGUGUUUUUGUGUGGGGUUUUAUGGGCUUCAGUGUUUGAUUUCAUCUCUGCAGGAUUCAUACAUUGGCAUGAGAUUAGAGUUAAAUCAUCUCCAAAUGUUACAGUUGAAUGCUGGGGAUUCCCUGAUAGAUGUUAGUUAUUGAGAUUAAGACAAGACUCCACAGCAAGAUCAAAUUAGACUUUUUAACUCAGAAAAUCUGUUCAACUUUUUGAGGCACACAAAGUUGUUUUUAGUAACUUUGACUUUUUUAAAAUAGUGAUUCAGUUGUUAAGGUUUGGUUUUUAUGAUCCUUUGGGUUUCUGUUUUUGUUCUAGUUUUGCUGAAACCAGAACAGUGACAUUUCUGUGUCACAAACAUCUUACAAAAUCAUGUCACAUAAAACUCAACAACACCCACUGUGCGUGUAAACCCCGUGUCCACUGAAAAUCAUUGCAGAGAGGCUUUGUGGUUGAGCAGUACAUCCUGAGAUGUUUGUUGUUUGUGUAUUUGAGCAGUGAGUGAAUCUUCCAUUAUUGAAAGCAUGGAGCGCUCUGCCUGAAUUCCCCCACAUUAGACUGUAAUUGGCUUCUUUUGAAUGUUCAUUUGUGUCUUUUGAAUUGUUCAUACAGCUGCAGCAUCCGAGCUCUAAUCUCUGCCUUUUCCACCUCUGUUUUCUUUAAAUCUGAGAAUGCCACAAUGAUACAAAAUAUAUAUGAUUAAUUUUGUGACCACAAAUAUAAGAGAAAAUUUAUUUUUCAUAUAUUAAUAUAUAAAUCAUUUUUUUUUUUUUUUUUAUAAAAAGCUUCUAAGGUUGAAAAUAUAUCAAAUCUUUAAUGGGGGAAACUCUACAUUUUAGGCGGUUAAACUGUAACUGGUAGCCAUUUUUGCUGUGGUGACCAAUUAAGCAUUUUUUCUUUCCUGUUUUUUCUUGUUUUUUUUUUUUGCAGACACAAAUAUUGUCUGUACCAGAGCCCAGUGUACUAAAUGUUUGCUGAUUUGGAAGUUUCAAACUUUCAUUGCUCUGUUGGCCCAAAGUGUUCAAAACCUCUUUCCAAAGCUGUCAGUGAGCUGACAUUUUCUGUCAGCCUUUAUUGUUAAACACUUACAUUAAUUCCUGUUCGGAGUAGCAAAGAUGACGGUGUUUGCUGUCCGAUUAGUAAAGGAAUUGUACCAUAGCAGUAAUUUCUUGUUUUGUUUUUCAGUUUCAGUGCUUGGCCUGCUUUCACAGCUGCAUGUGGAUGUGGAUCUGCACAACCUGCUGUUCGGCGAGAGUGUCCUGAAUGAUGCCGUCGCAAUUGUCUUGACUCAGUAAGUGUCUUGCACAGGAUUUGUUCACACUUUCAGAAUGCAGUAUAUCUCUAGGUUUAAUUGUGUGGGAGAUCAGUCUUUUUCGACUGGCAUCACGAGGGAAGAAGUGUGGAGGAGGAGAGACGUGAUGGCUGAUGCCAGCUUUAAGGAAGUAGUGCGAUUGGCAAAAACUGCACGAGUGCUUCGGAUGCUAUGCGGUGGACUGCGUAAGCGGGUUGCCCCUGGCACUGUCAGCAUCUCAUUAAGGUACUCAGCGGAGAGACUCACUGCCAGAGUAGAGGCACAGUCUCUGCUAACGAACUCAGUUACUGUCAUAUGCAGACAAUACACAGCAUAAAACCCUUUGAAGCUCAGUGGAGAAGCCAUGAUGCAGUCAUGCCCUGUCAAUGUGUUUCAAUUGCUGCAGUCAUUCCCUUCUAUUAUCUUCUCUUUCUUGAGCAUUUCAUUUAAAUAUGCAUGUUUGUCCUGCGCACACAUUGCUGUCAAUGUCUGCUCUAUUUACGCUUUGCUGGUGAACAAAGCCAUUCAAGUAGACGUGAUAACAGACGGCCAGAUGGGGAAAAGAGAGCUGGGGAGAACUCACACAGGAAGUUCAUGAAUGGAGAUGACAAGAUACACAGGAAGAUUGUGUUUGUAUGUGUUCACACAGUGACGUAUCACAUGUACCGUACCUGCCCACUCUGGCAUCUCUGUCCAAUCACACAAAAGGGCUCGGACAGGCCAGCAGAUGGAAAGAGAAAAGAAAAAGCAAGCAAGUGUACAGGGUUUUGUGUUUAUGCGGCUGUUGUUUUUUCUUGUGUACACUAGAGUGCAAAGGAGGGGAGGUUGCGUAUCUUCCCAGACAAAACAGUCAAGAUAGGGCCGUGUUUGUUCUUGGAGUGGCGUGACCGGCCUUCGUGCCAUCUCCUGUCACUUGACUGGCUUGCUCGUCUGCCGCUCGCUCUGGCUCUGCACACAAAGCGCGCCCUUAUUAGUGGGCCACGCGGGGUCCUGGCACUGGAAUUUUAACAAGCUCCCAGAGCGGCUCAACCUUAUGUGAUGUGCCCUCUCACAGGCACUAAACUUCCUGCCCCAGCAGCCCUGACCCAGCCACCAUUCAACCAGGACCUGUGUUGACAUCUUGAGAGUCUUGCCCCGGAGUUAACAACCUGAGACGCAAGAAGAAACAGUCCUUAGAGGGUCGCACUGACCAAGUUCCUAAUGUCCAAAUUUAGUGUCCCAGUGCAAGUCGAGUCUGAAAUGUCACAGAGGGGGUAAUAGAUUUUCCCCUUCCAGCAUGCCGAGCUCAUUAGCAACAGCUUGAUUGAUUCUCCCCCUCCUGCAUAAGAUUAGAGCAUGUUCUGGUGUGUGCGAGCUCAUUUUAACCUGACAGCAUGAAAAGUGAAGAUGCAUUAACCGUUCGUUUGUCAGACAUUUUUUGACAGUGUAAGGAUUUACCGUUUUAAUGGUUGCUGGAGUUCAAAAAGAGUUUCUGUCAGUUUGAACUAUACAGAUACCACUUCAAGCAGGGGCAGCUGGUGAUCGUAUUGGAGGGGUGACUUAACAACUGCAUCAUUUCUGGAAAUCCCCAGUGCAGCUGAAAAAAGCAGUGUCACAUGUGAGACAGCAUGGAGCGUAACACUGCAAAUCCCAUGCUAUUUUCAACAAAUGAGACUCAAAAGUGAUGAAAUAAUCACUGCAAGACGAAGAAGAACACUAUUUGUACAGUAUACCAGCAAAGUGCCCGGUGCUAGCUGUAAUGACUGCCAAUAGAAAGCCUGUGAAACUUUUAUAGCAGCUGUUUUACAACACAUUGUGAAAAAGGUAAUGUCACAAAUAAAGUAGGUUGAUAGUCAGAGCAAAAACAACAGCCGUUAAAGAAAAGACAGACUGGAAAACUGGAAACAGGUGCAACAGUCAUGUAAGAGUUUUGUCUGCAGACUUGGGCCUACCGUGUGAGAAAAGAAGCUCACGCUGAUGGGAGAUGAACCGUUUAAUUGCCAAUUUAUCAAUGUCAGGUGAUUUUUGGAUGAAGUCCCCCUCACAGCUAAUGCAUUCAGUCUGUCGUGUCCCAGAUCUUUAGAGAAAUAAUUGAAGUCUUUUGAGGUACUUAAACACCUCUCCAGCUCUGAGGAUGUCAUGGAAAUGGCAAAUCUGUCCGCACCAGCUUGUUGUGUCUCUGUAUGAGUUCCCAGUCCCCCAUCUUCCAAUUUUUCGUCCAAGAACUUAAAAGAAACAGAAUCACUCCUCUGCCUGCUCUUGCACAAGAAGCAUCUCCACUGUCUGUACAGCUUAAGUCGUGUUAUUAAUCAGAAGUCAACAGCCUCUGGGCUAAAUGACUUUUAGCUGAAAUAAUCGGCAACUCAAGGGAAUGUCGCAAAGUCUUUCAAGCCCAUCUGUACCAGCCGUGCCCGACAGCAAGCCCACUAUAAGGUCAACACUACUCGCUAAAAUUUAGGAUCUGGUAUUGGUUAUUACACCAGCUCAUACACAAAUUUGAUGUUGUAAUGUGUCCCCCCCCUAAAAUCUUAAUUUCUCAGCACUGUAAGCUAAUGUUAGCUUUGUGUUUCGGUGCUUGGUCUGUUUUUAGGUUGCGAUUUCAUCUUACUGAGCCAAACUAUAUGACAGUGACAUCAAUAUAUCCUAUCUAGAAAGUGAUAGUCUUGCACAGAGCUGUAGGUUUUAUAAAUCUGUAGUGCUGGUUUGACUAUCCAAACAUGUGUCCGAUUAAAUCUUUGAGGAAACAAGUCUUAUUAUUGCUGACUCAGCGCUUUCAUUCUAAACAGUCAGAGUCCAGCAGAAAUACAUCGAAGGGUUUGUGUUGCGUAAAGAAAUGCAGUCAUUCCACAGAAGCAAUCAGCUCCGUCAGCUACUCGCAUGGGUGCCUGCCUCUGCUUGCUUCACCCCCCCUACCACCACCACCACCACUCUCUGUCUUUCUUUCUUUCCCUCCUUCCCAAUUUCUCCUCCCCCUUUCCUCCCUGUGAGGCCUCUUUGCACUCAAUGACUUCCAUGUGGAAGUCUCUCCUUCCUCCUCCUCCUCCUCCUCUGCAAAGUAAAUAUUUAUAGCGGUGUGAAUAACACGAUGCUGCUGUCUCUGUGAAUAACAAUAGUAUUUCCCCUGUUUCCCUUUAACUACUCGGGGACGUCUGGGAGGCAAAUAAUUCAGAAUGGAUUGUUUUUGAGGGCAGGAUUUGACUUCUUAAGAAGGCCAUGCAUUCUCAGAAAUGACUCCAAUAAAUUUCACUUUAAGGCUUAGCUCAGCAUAAUAAGCAUGUGAAUUUAUGCUCAAUGCUGCAAACUGGUUUACACCAAGAAGCAAGUGGGCUCUUUCUGAUGACUGCACUCGUUUCAGAGCCGUAAACCAUGCUGUUGCUUUAAUGGUUCUGCAUCUGUAACACUUCUAUUUACUUCUGUUGUAACCGUGAUGUUUUCUGUUGCUUUCAUAACACUUUUUCUUAUUUGUCAUGUUUUUUUUUAUGUCAUUUUGUCUUCCAGUGCCAUCAUCACCUACAACCAGAUGGGUGCACGACUCAGCUCCAAACCCUUGGCUUUACUCCUCUCUGCUGCGUAUUUUCUCGAGGUGCUCGUCGGCUCCUUCCUCCUGGGUUUUAUGUUUGCAGUCAUAACAGCCCUCAUAUCCUUUCCCUCCCUCCUCCCAUCCCUUCCUUUGCACCUAAACUCAAUUAUCACUUCUGCAUCCGCUGCAACCUCUCCUCCUCCUCAGCUUGGUAAUCACCUCCCUAACAAACCCCCCCCUUACUGUACCACCUUUCCUAACAAAAGUGAUGUGGCUGAGUCUAAAGUGCCGCUGUGACUUUAAUGGUUGCAAAGAGGUCUUCAAUCAAGCCGAUAGCCUCUGAUGAAGUUUCGACUUGCGCAGUUGUCCAGCAUUUCUCUCUGAUCUCGCAGUAAUAAGACUUUAGGAUGAAAAAUGAGAAUGUGUCAUGAGAGGUUUGCGGCACAGCUCAGCUCUUAUUUACAGUGACUAAUCUCCUGGUGCGAGCAAAGCACAAAUUGAGCAUUUAUUAGAUUGUGCUGAUGCCAACCAUAGCAACAGCCUGCUCUUUUGUGCUGUCUCCUCAAACAACAGUGUCUUCAAAAGAUUCGCUUUGACUUACAGUCUCUGAGUUGUCUUUUAAUUACCUUAUCUACCUGUCUGUGUUAAUUACAAAAACAGACUCGGAAAGAUAGCGUCAUUACGGUGAAGCAACAGGGGGAAUGAUAGUAGGAUUAAAUGCAGAUAUACAGAGCAGCCAACUAUAAAGAGCUAAAUGAAUUGAAAUUGAUACAUCUACAGUAGCCAUGUUUACAUGUGCAAAAUUUCUUGAUCCAAUUUGAGGGAUCGGAAAAUCUGAAUCCACUGUUUAUAUGGGUGCAAAAUCAAGUAGUCCGAUCAUGACGCGUGUAUACAUGCACCAAGUUUUAUCCAGAUUAGAAGCAUUUGGACAUGCGCAGAGUUGUAUUUACGCCUGUACUGUCAACAAACAAACAAAUGAACACAGUAGUAACUCACACCAUCCAAUUCAGGUGUUUUCCCUCUGUUAAAUGUUGUCACUAGUUGGCGCCCUUGGUCACUUUUUUUACUGUUCUGUCAAAGGUUGUACCAUACGUGCAGAUGUGACAUCAUUACAAUGUAUGUACGACUUGUUAUGUUAUCGGAGGAGCAGACACGGUGCCUGCGGUUGUGUUUUAUGCCAGAGUGUUAAUAAUGGAACCUCCUGUACUGGCCUCAGUAAAUAAGCCAAAGGCUAAACAGAGAAGAUCGAGUCACGAUCAGAAUAAGUGUUACAUGGGCGUGUUUCGGAAUAACGAUCGGCAUAAACCACACCUCUUGAUCGGAAUACAAUUUCAUUCCGAUUGAACCGAAUUGAAUCAGAAUCUUCCGAUCAACAUGUUUACAUGACACAGGUUUAUUCUGAUCGGGCCAUGUAAACGCAGCUAUUGAAAUAUCUACCAUGUCUACCUUUUCUGUUUACAAUCACAAACACACAUUUCAAAGUUGUUUGUGUUUUUUUCUUUCCUUUAACACUCUGUAAAGACUUUCUGUUUGGUUCACAAGGACGUUUAGCCACAGAGAAAAAGCAGAGAUGAGAUGUGGACUCUAUUAUCUUUUAGAGAUCUCUCGGAAAAAUUGUAUUAAAACACAGACAUUUCUUCCCUCUGGCUUAGUAAGUUCCUUUCAGUAGGAUUUUUUUGUGGUGCUUCUCUGCCUGCAUACUAUCAAACUAGAGGGAGCAACUAACCUGGAAAAAUACAGAUAAUGAGCAAGUGAAAAGAAACCUGAUUGUUAGAGUUUGGAGAGAUAUCAGGCCAACUACAAAAAAAGAAUUCCCCCAGAGGAUGGUGUCAUAUAAGGUAUAAUUAUGUUCCUGUUUUUCUUAACUCUCUCUCCACCUCACCAAAUUCACCCGCCUGUCUAAGAGCCCACUUGUAGAAACGUCAGUCUUCUUCCUGCUGUCCUGGAGCAGCUUCCUCUCAGCUGAAGCCUGUGGACUUUCAGGUGAGCCCAGUAUUACUCACAUGUCGUCUGUUUUUGUGUGUGUGGCCAUCACUGGAGAGGUCAGACUGAAUAGAUAGAACCUGCUAGAAAACUGUUGCCCUUUUCCCCCCUCAGGCGCUCCUACUUAACUGCAUGUGCUGACUUGCUCACUGCUUCACACUAUCAGUAUCAUGAGCAGCUGUUUGAUUGGCAUGCUCCACUGCUCCACGGCUUCUCUGUGGCCUUUCACUCUCCUGGAUAUAAUGCGCGCACGUCCUCCUGUGUCCAGACAUGACCAUCUGCACAAGAACAGAUCCAAUUUCCUUUUUUAUUUAACCCCUACCUGCCGAAGAAGGCCUUUCUCUGCCUCACACAAACACAUCCCUUCUUCUCUGAGAGUCCUUGGAAUCAUAGCGAGUCAAUAAUGUACAGAUGAGAAAGUAUUAAGCUAUCUCCUCUACACGGGGAACUGCAGGUACCAAUCCCAUUCUGUGCUCACGCCCCAUAACUCAUUUCCAAAAGGCGCCUGCCCUCUUUUGUCCGAACAAGCUCGUAGCAAUAGUUUGGAGAUGGCUGCACGGAUAGUAGCAACCCAUAAAAAGCUUAAUAGCUUUCUUGCCCUGGCUGUAUGGUUUCCUGAAGAGUCAAGAAGUGCACAUGCCUCGUGUUAAAAUUGAUACAACAUGAUCCACUGUAACCUUCUUGGCUUUUUCCAUCACUUAGGGGAGGUUGCUUUUUCAUCAUCCCACUGUUCGGUUUUUCACUUUACUGAUUUAUAGUUUCUAAAUUCUACUCCAGCUUGUGUUUGCAGAAGAAUAAUUACUCAGCUCAGCCUGUCUGGGAUCAUCUUCAUCUACUUAGUUUCUGAAUUAUGAAUGUAGUGUACAUAUGCAUGCACUGGUGUUGUUGUUCCUCCUGCCCUGAUUGUGUCAGCGGGAUUGUGUCGGUUCCGCUGAUGCUGUCGAGUUCCCUCCUUCUUGGCAGUCCUCCCUGUGGCUUGUGGAGGAGGAGGAGGAGAUGGUUUUAAUGAAAUAGCGUAACCUUUGUCUAUUGAGCCCAGAUGCCCCUGUCUAUAAAACACAACAUGCUGAAUGCAGUUCAGUGUGGGAGGCACACCGCAGCAAAAAAUGAAGCACUGAUUCUAGCAGAGCCUCGGGUAUUUUAAAAGCAUUAUAUAUAUUUUAUUAUAGUAAAAUUCUUCUUUUGACCUCUGACUAAGAGGGUUUUAAACAGAUUUGGGAAUUGCAAGAGAACCAACAAAAAUCAAAGUAUCUUGAUACCUUUGUUGCAGUACAGUAGCAUUAAAAUAUUGAACAUCUCUCAGCAUGCCUUGCAGCUGAUAUCCCCUGAGAUAUUCACUGCCCACUUAUCUAUGAGGAUUGAGUUAUUGAGUUUAAAGGCUGGUUAUUUCACUGGAUGGACUUCCUGUAUCUAAAUGUGAUGUCAGGCAUAUAGAGGUACCAACGCCCCACAAAAAAACCUGAUAUGAAUGUUGCACGAUUCAUGCAAAAACAAUGAGGAAUCAGUGUUUAACCACUGAGAGCAAAGUGAAUAACAAGAGUCAUGGGUGGUAAAGGCUAAUUGAUCGUAAAGGUUGACCCCUGAGCCUGAAUUUGUUGAAAAGAAGAAAGAAGGGGUUGUUGUGGUAAAUCCAACAUAAUGCACGGGAGACAGGAUGAGAUCUGAAGAACAGCCUGGGCGUCUUUUAUUGUACAGAUGUAGAAAUCAGUACAGAUGACAAACAGAGUCUCGACCAAGACCAAGGGAAGCCUCCCUAGCUUUUCUUCUACUCUACUGUUAGGUGUGUGUGUGUGUGUGUGUGUGUGUGUGUGUGUGUGUGUGUGUGUGUGUGUGUGUGUGUGUGUGUGUGUGUGUGUGUGUGUGUGUGUGUGUGUUCUUUCAUCAUGGGUAUAUCAUAUCAAUUCUAUCAUAUCAGAAGGCUACCCAUGAUGACAUGUCUGACUGUUCUGACCCUAAACACUUUGUUCAGACUCAUCUUAUCUCUCGUCGAGAUUAAAUGUUCUAACAGACAGGUAGUUCUGGUCUCUGAAAGACAGCCUUGCUUACAAUCUCAGGGUCAUCAGGCUGCAUGAGCAGACCAACCUAAAUUAUUUGCAGCUCCUUACUAAAAGAUAAUUACUCUAUAUUUCGUAACCUAAAUGUAUGAAGCGAUUCUAUGACAGGGUCUAAAACUGGUGUUUUGAACAAUGUGUUUUGUGAAAUGGAAAAAAAUAGAAUUAGUUGUUAUCACUACAACGGAGUAUUAGGGCCACAUGAAGAAAAAAAAAAUCCAGAUUAAGGUCAAUAAUUUAGGAGAAUCAAGUCAUAACUAAUGAGAAUAAAGUCGUAAUAGAGUAUUACUUACGUACUGAGUUACUUUUGAGAAUAAUGUAAUAAAGUAGUUACUUACGAAAAUAAAGUCUUAAUAAAAUCAUUACUUAUGAGAAUAAAGUCGUAAUAAAAUCAUUAUGAGAAUAAAGUCGUACUAAAUCAUUACUUGCGAGAAUAAAGUUGUACUAGAAUCAUGAUGAUAGUCUACUUAUGACAAUGUGAUGUUGAUGUGCCAAAAGAUUAAGAAUCUUCUUGUUCGGGAAACCUAUAUUGAAGUACAUUUUCAUGAAAUGCUCCAUGGCUCUCAUUUCAACAACCGUCAUCUUAAACAACAGGUUAGAAUAUAAGGUCUUUUUUCUCUUAAGUAAUGAUUUUAGUACGACUUUAUUCUCGUAAGUAAUUUCUUUAUCAUUACUUCUAUUACAAAUUUAUUCUCAUAAGUAAUUAUUUAAUUAUGACUUUAUUCUCAUUAGUAAUGGCAUUAUUCUUGUGAAUUAAUGACUUUAAUCUCGAAGUCUUAAUUUUUUCUUCUUUAUGUGGCCCUAAUACUCUGUCGUACAUCACAAUUUAUCAGCUGUUAUCAGGUACUUUUUGUGUAUUUAUACACCAUUGCCACAUGAUGUAUCAGAAUAUGAUGCUGUAUCGAUUUUCCUCUCAGCCCCUAGAGGAUUGUUCAUCACAGAAACCUGAAACUAUGUUCAGCUGCAAUCUUUUCAGUGUCAUAUGUGCAAAAUUGGACCCUGUAGGACUAAUCUGUAGAGAGCCUCUCUCUUCAAAGGCCUUUAGGGGUCCAUUUGGGGCCAAGCGACACCUCAUACAGAGACACCCAAUGAGCGAUGGCAGUCCUCCCUGCCGUCCUUUGGUAACCGCUGCUCUUUCUGCUGCUGUUAAUUGCUGGAGUUUAGUGAGGAGGUGCCUAAUGACCCUCAGCCUUGCAGGGAGUCAUGCUAUCAUUAAUCUCUCGCCCAUCAAAACUGCUCAUUAUGGGAUGCAUCUCAUCUGUUGCCAAGAGUAGAGGAGUUUUUAUGUGGAUGGUGGAUGAUGGGUUACCACUGUCAGUGUUAUGAAAACCAAGGAGGAUGUUUUGCCUGAAACCGAAUGAGAACCAAAAUGAGAUCUGCCAUGCCAGCAUGCUUCAUUAGAUUUUCUUGGAUCUUGCUGGAAAGGACAUUGUGAACUGGGAGCAUUGGAGCUGGGAGCAUUGUGCAGGCACAGGUCAGCAUCACGGUGUGAAGGCAGAUUGCAGGUAGGGAGAGUAAUGGACUGGCUCCACUUAGCUGCCUGAACCACUGGAGCUUUCUCUUCUCGUCUCUGCUCCGGCUCUUUCCCUCUUAACUACUGCUCCCCAUCAUAGUAAUUUCACAUUCUCCCAUCUUCUGUGGUUCUCUCUCAAGGCAGAAGGAGCACAAAUGUGAAAUUGAAUUUCUGCAACAAAGCAAGCAUGUCCUGUGAGGCAGCAAACCCAACUUUAACAUUACGCGUUUCAAAUUCCUGCUCUCUGCUCCAGCCACCUUUCUCUGUAGCAGAAAGGGCCCUAAUCAUUUCCUCUCUUUCCCCCUCUCUCUGUAUGUUUUUUUGCUUCAUUUCUUCCCCCCUCUGUACUUUCUGCUUGUCAUUUGUUGGCUUUAUGUUGAUAUCUGCUCCUCUGCAUUUGGCAUCUGAGCAGCGAUUAUGUCAUCCCUUAGCUUUUAUUAUUCCCAGAGCUUCAUGUUUCUGCAGGAGUGGAUAUAAAGGAGGAAAUGUAUCUGGCCAGAUACACAGGGCGCAUAAAUCGGGCUGUAUAGAGCAUGUGGAAAAAGCUGUUUGUGCAGCUGGACUUAAUAGGAACCAUGACAGUGGGUGGAUACAGGGUUGGUCAGGUCUGAUCUGAUGACACAUGUUGUAUUGUCUAAUGCAGAAGGAGCUGCUCUCAGGAGGCUUCCCUUGGAUUCUUUCUCGGCAGGAACAAUGCAUUGUUUUACUAAUAUGUCACAUUUUCUUGUUACUUCACCAUCAAGUCUGAUUUGAAAAUCCUGCCUCAGAAUAAACUGGAGCUGACUUCAUUUGUUGUUUGUGAGUUUCAAAUGAUUCAUGGAAUCACGCAGAUGGGGCCUAAUGUUCCACAAUCACACACUGAUUACAUAACACUAUGUGCAUGUAUAAGCAAUGCUGCAUAAUUUGUAGACAUUAUAUUUAGCUCAUUGUUUAAAUCCCCUCUGUCUGCCUCUGACUCCAGCAGUGUUGAUACUCACAUUUUACACUUACAGCCAAUUUGGUCAUUUCCCUUUGUAGAUUUCCACUUUGUAUAGAAUUUUUGUUGUUCAAAAUUGACUUAAAGGGAUAUUCCGGCAUAAAUUUAAGUUAUGGUCAAACACACCAUAAUACCGAGUUAGACACCCCGUCAAGAGAUGAAUGUCGAAGACCACUUCGGACCACUCCGAAAUCUAUGUGCAACAUGUCAAAAAAUGUAAGUCUGUUUAAAGGCAUAAACAGACCACAAGCCCUGCGAUUGGUCUGCUUUAGUGUUUUCAAUAAGUCACCAUAUAUCCACCAUACAUCCCAUCUCCUCCAAUGUCCUGUCUAUGCUCAGAAGGUGGUCCUUGUUCAUUAAAACCCCUUUAGGCUGAGACAAGACUCCUUCCUCUUCAGGUCUGAUUUAUAAUCUGCUUUAAUGAUUCUAUUAUCCUUUAGUAUUUAGCAGCUGUAGCCCACAUAAUUAAUCCAGUGUGUAUUUGAUAUGAUUGCUAUCAUUGGAUUAGGCUGUGCCCCUGAAAACAAACAAAGCUAACAUUAGCAGCAUCUCAGCUCGUCCUAAGAUCCUGUGUCUAUUAACGGCCAUUGACAGAACUAAUCUCUAAGAUAAAACCUGCAGCAUCCUUUUCCUUAACUAAUUGAAUGAUGGAUCAAAAGAAACACCAUGACGGCAUUGAUCACUUUGAAUAUUGCUGGCUAGUUUGAUAUUUUGCAAACUUUAAUGAUGCUUCACAAACUGCAAGCUAUGGGAGCUAACAUAAUAAAUUAGUACAGUUAUAGUUGCAUUUAAACUGCAUGUCUUCACUCAUUCAAAUAUCACAACAUCUUCUCUGAAUGUCUCUUUAUGUCGCAGGCAUUGUUGCAGUGUUGUUUUGUGGCUUGUGUCAGGCAAGGUACACAGUCCACAACUUAUCCACCGAGGGCAAAACCAGGACAAAGCAGGUAUGUAUAAGGAGGAUGAUUGAGGCCUUCUUUUCCACUCCUGUGUCCAAACAGCCUUUUCCUGUCCACUUACUUUUGCUCACAUCACCCUUUAAUGCCAAUGUUUGUGUCUUGGGUUGUGUGUGCAAGCCAUCAUUAAUUUCCCAUUAGUGCUCUGGCUGUUCAGUGGGUGUCUUUGUGGGAGGCCAGUCCCCAGCUAACUGCUUAAAAGGCUCUGCACAGAUGUAGUCCAGCACUGUUUCACUGCAGCAGGCUUCACAGAGGAGAAAAUAAAUCAGGAGUACACACAUAUAAUCAUCUAUACAUUUAUUAUUCAUUAUCGGUGCCACAGUGGAGAUAGCUGUUUAUCACAGAAAAGAAGCCUUUUAGAAGGCUGAGUUGUACAGUUGAAGCUUUUGCUUGUAAAGUGGAUGGGCUUUGUGGUUCUCAGCAUGUGCCUGUAUGUGUAUGCUGCCUUGUGUUUAUUUGGCAGAAAGCCUUAUUCUACAUUUUUAUGAUUUAUGCAUGCAGCUGCAGCUCAGAUGGAAAGACAAAGGUAAAUCAUACUAGUUGAAUUACUUGUAGCUGAUUUUUUUUUCUCUUUCUUUGUGGCAUCUCGUGUCUUUGUGAUGUAAAGGAGGAGUUACUCCUAUUCAGUUAGAUAUCUUUGUAGCAGAGCUUUAAACCAUAGCUAAUUCAGCUGGUAAAAAAGUCCAUUAAUCAUUCAUAAAAUCACAACUUCUGCUUUAAUUUAAUUCAGACACAACAUAUGGGGCUUUAUUAAUAUUUCAUCACUUGUGCAGAAAUGCUUCAUUAAAAUGAUUCUGAGUCUAUUCCUUUACAGUUAAUGACAUCCUGGCCCCUUGGUGUGACCCGGAUCAUUACAGGGAGUAAAGGACCGAGUUGAUGUGUUUUAAUGUUUGUUGAUCAAGAUUUUAAUAAGAGAGCAACAAGUCUAAAAAAGCAAAAAACACAUUUCAUUCUGCUCAUGUUUGUACAAACAGAGUUAAGAAUAAAAAUCUUCCAAUAAAAAAAACAAGGACAAAAACACGCCCGGUGCCAAACAUCAUUACGGCCUUGAGCUGUGGUUGUUUUCAAUCGCUACCUCAAAGGAUCAAGGAAUAACACAAACACUGGAUUUGUCUUGUGUGUACAAAUCCAAGCCUGUUUACCCAUUUCAGAUAUGAUCCGCGUCCUUUACUCCCCCACCCUUCUCUUACACACUGAGAGACACAGACACCGUCACACACCAUCCACCCUGAAUCCCCCUCCGUCUCAGAUGACCUUCUCUCUGCUGAUCCUCUCCAUCCCUUUUUAUAAUUUGCAGCUCUUUGAAGUCUCCAACUUCCUGGGGGAGAUUUUCAUCUUCAGCUACAUGGGAUAUAUAUUGUUGACGUCCCCUCACCAUGUCUUCAAAGCCCUCUUCAUUUCAGGGGCAUUUGUAUCCUUUUUUUUGCUACAUGAUAGAGCAUCUUAACCCCCUGCUGUGCAACCUUUCAGUCCCACUGAAAGCCCAGGAAAGGUGCUCUGUUCUCUGUCAUUUUUUUUUUUAAAUCCUAAUCUACACCAUCAUUCUUCCUCUUAUUUGACCGUGGCUCUUCCUAUCUCCUUUCUCCUCUCUCGCCUCUCUGCUGCAUUGCAGUGCAGUCAUUUCCUUUAAAAAGAACCUCAGUGCUUUAAAUUGUACAGGUUUGAUCCAGUGAGCUCUACAAAUGCCAUACGGUUAGUCUCUUGUGAUCACAAUCUCUGCAGAUUAGGAUGCUGCAGUGCAGCUCUGAGGGAAAGCCAAUGAAACAGAAAUUUAAAUAGGUCUUUAAUUAUUGUUAGUGCUGCUUGUUUAGCGUUCUCCAGGAAAGCUCAGUGGAAUAAAAAUGUUUUCCUGUUAGAAAUAAGCGUACAGUUUGUUAAUUUUCUGAGGAUUAAACAGUGUAUCCCUGCUGAGGUUGAAGAUUAAAUCUUAUUAGUUCAAAAAACUCCAGUGAAAGAGGCCCCUGCUGUUCUUUGUGGUGGUCUUUUUUAAGAGGAAAAUCCUGUGAAAAGCUGUAAACAGCUAUCGGAAAUGCUUAUUGACUUUUGUUGCCCAGAAAAGCAUGAUGCCAUUUGGCAGUGUGGUUUGGAUGUUUACUGGCCGGUAGAAGGAAAACCAAAAGGAUUUCACAGAUUCUAAAGUAUAUUAACAAAAUUGCCAAACAUGGAUUCAGCUUCUGAAAUGUACUAAUUUUCAUAUUUCCCCAGUCAAAAAUCUCUGUUUGUGAUUCUCUAAAUUUGUGAGCCGUUUCUCAGACUGACUAGUGUGCAAAUGGAAGACAUUAGGGCAGCAUUAACUCAGUCUGCUGGGACCAGAAGUAUGGAAAUUAGUCUUGUAGCUGGAGAGAUGCCAGGUUACUUUAAAAGCACUGCCAAUGUACUUUGAGCAAGGCACUGACCCCAGAUUGCUUGGGGCGCCUGCACUGUGCAGCCCGUACAAGGCCCAUUUAUGCUCUGCACACAAUAGGCAUAUGUAGAGAGUUACCUCACCACCUGGUGAAGCAGGUUGUUCAAAGCUCCAGUAGAAAGAAAAGGGAGCGAUGGUUGUCAUCAGUUUUUCUCUGUGGUAUUACCAGGUCAAAGGAUUAAAAGUAUUUCAUCACAAAACUGACAUGUCAAAACUGAACCAAGUUUAAAAUAUGUCGUCUCCUGACGUCAGCAGAAACUUUUGUCUGCACUUAAUGACAUUGCAUGUAUAAAAAUAGACAAUAAAAAAUCAGUUGGAGAUUAAUUGUUGCACAGACAAUCAUAAUUUGCUCUCCAGCAGAGAGUUUGACUCUAAAUUGGGUGCACCGUCUGUUCACAGGGGGUUUACAAGUGUUGUAGUUUUCCAUUUGUCAUAUUUUAAUUUUCUAAGAAGCAAACAAGGUCGUGCGUGGAAAAAAUAUCAAAAAGCGAAAAUGAUUUGGCUAUAAUCUAACCCCUCAUCUUAUCAGCUAAAGUUUAGGGACAGUUUUGCUGUUUAUCCAUUUCUAAUCAGAUCUCUGCAAAUGAAUGGAAUAAAAUUCUGCUCAUAAUUGCAUCUCCAAACUCCAACUGCUGCAUUUCUUUGCCCUAAUUUGUUAGUCAGGCUGUAAACAAAGCCAGUGCACAGAAAAAAAUAAAUCUUGGCAGUUAUCUAAAUAUCCGCUAGCUGAACUGAAAGCCCAGAACUAUGCGGUGUCGCCCCAGGAGACCAUAUGUGAGAGGAGAUUUAUUCAGGCAUCAGAUGACCCAGAAUCAAAGAAUUCGUAGUAUUUUUGCACCUAUGCUCAAAAAUCUUUGUUUCUCCUCUUGACAGAAGCCCCCAAGGACCAGAGUGCAAUGCAGCUGUAUGCUUUGUUAUAAAAAAGCCAUUAAGCGCCUUGAUAACACUCGCCGCCACAUUUCUGAGCUAUACUUCCCUGACAGAUGUCUGAUAUUCACAGCUGUUGUUGUGUCCAUCAACUCUGCUUUCUGGGAAGAACCAGAGGAGUAGUAAUGGACUCCUGGCUGGGAUUGUCCUUGCCUGAGAGCUGGCAUAACCAAAGUGUAUGCCUGAAGAGAGACUGUAGUGGCCUCACUCCAAGGAGCUCUUCUUUCACAGUCCAGUGCCCAGAUGGCCAGCAAUUAUUAUCACAAUCCAUCUCCCACCAUCGGGUCAAAGAAGCCGGAGAAAGAGUCGACAGAGCAGAUUUUUUUUUCCAAUGCUCUUAUGCUCAGUGCCAGCGAGGAAAUGUUUGACUCGAGCACUGAUCCCGUUUUAGCUUUUGUCCUGAAUCACGCUUCCAAAAUGAGUCUGGCGAACUCUGCUGAUUGGCAGCUGACCCGGAUGUGCAAACAGGCAGAAAUGGAGGUCAUAGUCCUUGUGUACAGAGCUAAAUGUGUCUGUGAAAAUGAACUAGUACCGGUGAUUCAACUCCUGUUAAUCGCUCUUUGCAGUUGAUUUUAAUCGCUGUAGCUUGCAGCCUUUGCCAGUGACAAUGCAGAUGGGCUUCAUUGGAAAUGAGGCUGAGAUAGCAGUGCUUAAUUACCUCCUUUCAAAUAGCUGCAAGGCCUUUGAUAAAGAGAAAUGACUGCUUUUGGAGGGAGGAUAUUGCUUUUGAAAAUCCAUAGGGUGAAGGAGAUCUAAUAUUGACUGCAGGUUGUGAGGGGGCUCUGUUUUACUAAGAGCCCUGUCAGAAUAAAGGUCCCCGUCUAAAAUAUUGUUGCAUUAAUCAUUACAGCUUCUAUACUUGGGUAUACAGUAGAAGUAGAGAAAUCCUUUCCCUCCAUGAUACUUACACUGAGGAUUGUUAUGCUUGAUGAUGAGGGUUGUUACACCAUUUCCAAAGAAUCUGUUUAUCUCCGAUUAACAGAAAUAACCAAUCAAUCUUGAUUAUCCUUGAGAGAUAAUUGAAGGGCAACCCUCAUUUACAAAAAUGAUGAUUACAUGGACUACUGAUAAUCACCUCAUUUGUAAGAGGCUGGUCCAAGCAGGCCUGUUUGGAAGGGUUAGGCAAAGGGUUAAAGAUAGGGUUGGUAAUUACAGUAAACUAGCAUGAAUUUGAAUGUAGCAUCUCCUCAGGACUUCGUCUAGCGGCUCCCCCCUCCCCUUGAAGCUCCUCGAAAAUAACGCCCCCGCUUACAUGCACGAGCGCUGCUGUCUGCUGAUUUAAAACCAGACUCAAAACUUUGGGACUUUAGAUUGGGAAGUCUUUGCACAGCAGAAACAAAGAAGUUAAGGUUAGCAUUUGGAAGACCACAUAACUAGCAACAAGGCUAAAUACUUGAUCAAGAUUAAAAAUGACCCGAAACAAACCCUCAAUGUACCUUUCCAACACAAAAUGAGCGACCAUGGCAUCUCUUUUAAAGCCCUUGACCUCUUCCAGUUCUCUCCAUCACUGAAAAGCUGUCCCGAUGUUGACUUUUGUUUUAGCCCUCGCUUUCUCCAAACUCUGUCUCGCUUCGGCCUUCUCUGGCUCCGUCUUUCUUUUCUUGUUUUUUUUUUUUUUUUGCAGGGGGAGCAGUCACCAUUAAUCUGGGUAUAGGUCGUUUCUCUUCCAUUCUCCCGCGUACAGUACAGGCCAAAAGUUUGGACACACAUUCUCAAUCAAUGCAUUUUCUUUAUUCUCAUUAUUAUUUAAAUUGUAGAUUCUCAGUGAAGGCAUCAAAACUAUGAAUGAACACAUGUGGAAUCAUGUGCUUAAGAAAAAGAAAACAUGUUUUAUAUUUUAGAUUCCUCAAAGUAGCCACCCUUUGCUUUUUUUGAUAGCGCUGUAAACUUUUGCUGUUCUCUCAGUGAGCUUCAUGAGGUAGUCACCUGAAAUGGUUUUUACUUCACAUGUGUGCCUUGUCAGGGUUACUUUGUGGCUGACAGAGUCAGUCACUAAGUACUUCUGUCAUCAAGAGCAAAGGGUGGCUACUUUAAAGAAACUAGAAUAUAAAACAUGUUUUCAGUUAUUUCACACUUUUUUAUAAGUACAAAAUUCUACAUGUGUUCAUUUAUAGUUUUGAUGCCUUCAGUCAUAAUCUACAAUGUAAAUAGUCAUAUAAAAAAUGAAGAAAAGACACUGAAUGAGAAGGUGUGUCCAAACUUUUGGCCUGUACUGUAGCUGUAUCCCUCUCAGCUCGGCAAUGCGUAUUGAAUCAGGGCCAGUGCAAGCCGGCGAUAUGUAUGCGCAGCAAGCGAGCAUGGGAUUUGAUUGGUUUAAAAAUGUGGGACCCACACGAUGUGAUUGGAUGGUGUUUUCCCAAUUUUUUCCUUUGCUGUAGAUAGCGGCUAUGUUUCACUCUUUUGUAAGAACACAUCAUGUAUUGAUUGCCAUCGAAACAUAGAGAUCAUUUUAACUAGAAUAACAAAAAGUCUAUCUAAAUCAGAUUACCAACCCAGCCUUUAAGGGGUCAGGGUUUGGGUUAUGUAAACACUGAUCUGACUCCUUCUUGAUGGGGUAAAUUUAUCCUUCCUGGUGCUGCUUCAUGCCCGUCACAUGCAUGUCCGCCAAAGGAACCUAUAUGAGAUUUCUAUCAGGCUAUAACUUUCUCUAAAAGUUUGACAAAAAACACUUAGCGUAUCCAGAACUGCAGAUAAUUGAACAGAUAUCCUCCUCCUGACUGCUGCCCAGGACACUUAGCAUUCAGCGUGCCGUCCUAUGUGAGACAUCAAAGUGUGUGUGGAGGGCAGAGACAGCUGGCACAGCCUGAUUGGCUUCUUGCCUCUGCAUGGUGCCACACUGCUGUGUUUGCAUCCUAAACAGAAGAUAUUCAAAGAUCCUUUAUUUUAUGCGUGCAUGCACAACCAUAUGUGUUAAUAUUCAUCGAUGUUCUUUUACAGCCUGAUCGCACAUAGAAUUUGUUUUAUUUAUGGGAUAACUUUUGAGUUUUGCCUGAUGUGAACCAAAAGGAUCAAGCUAUGUGAAGUCAACUGGGGGGAUUUUAUUUUGACACCACAUGAAGCUAAUUAUUAAUCUGCAUCAGAAGAAACUCAAACUAUAAUAAGUUUGAAUAAGAACUGUUGAAGUGCAUCUAAGAAAAAAAACUGAAUCAUUGUUUCAUUUUUAAUCAGAUCUAAAGAAAAAAAAUCUGUCUCCAAGGCUGUCUGUCUCACAAGUAUAAUGAACAUGAACCAAACUGCAAUUUUCAUUUAAUUAGACCCAAUUUUCCAAUAUAAACUCUAUGACUUGUAAGUGUGCUUCAACCUGUUUAUGUCUCACUUGUAAAUAUUCUCCUUAAUCUGCACUCAAUGCAAACAGCUCUCCAUCUUUUUAUCAAGAGCCUGCAACAUCUACCCUCUGUCGUUCUUCCUGAACCUGAGACGCACAAUCAAGAUACCUCGCUCCUUUCAGCACUUCAUGAUGCUGGCAGGUAAUAAUCUCAAUCAUUUUUCAUUCUUAGCAGGAUGAGGCAUUUUUAGACCUUAUUAAUGGGGUCUGUCUGGUCAGAUCACCUGCUGUGAUUUUGGAAAAUGUUGGGUUUGUGAUCUCAUUACAUCAAGAAACCCAAGAAGAACUUUCACCAUAGUUUUUACUCUUUUAAACUUUUUGAGUCUUUCUUUGUUGUCACCUGCAGCCCUAUAAUGUUAAAGAACUGUAUACUCUGUAUAGAAUGUACAAAAGAUGGAUGGCAUGACGGUCCAAAAGUGAAGCCAAACAUUUGGAGCUCCUCCUUUUUGACUGGUUAAUGUAAAAGGGAUAUUCCGGCAUGAAAUAAAAAAAAGCCACUCUAUAGCCACAAAUAAUGCUCAGUACAGCACCUAACUUCAUCAACAGUACAUAUAGGGUCCUAGCCAUAGUACUAGCCACCAAACAUCUUUUUAACUUAGCCUGAUUUAUUUAGCAAAGAGACUAAACACAACUCACCUACUCUCCUCCAGCAGCCACUUGCUUGUAGCAAGACCUCAGGCCAGUCCAUUACGGACUGCUGCGGGGUGACGCAGCUCAAGGAAGAACAUUUAUGAUCAUUUCCUCAUGGAAAUGCAAUCAGACCGAGAUGCUAAGGCAGAAAAACUACCACGUCUGCAGUGCAAAAUGGUUAAUAUGGUGAUUAUUACUUCAAGGAAAUGAUCAAAUAAUGACCAUAAAUAUUCUUCCUUGCGCUGUGUAUUGCUAUCCUGUGGUCGUUACUAAAGUUGGUAUAACUAGAGAAGCAAGCGGUCUUUGAUAUUCAUCUCUUAGGGGGAGUCUAACUCUGUGUUGUGGUGUGUUUGACCCUAAAUUAAUUUUAUGCCGGAAUAUCCCUUUAAGUAAGAUUUAAAAAAAAGCCUCUGUGUUCCAUGCCGGCAGGUGGGACAUCUGUCAAACCUAAAAAAAAAAAUAAAAAUACCCCACAGGAGAGUUUUGGUUUUGUCAUCAUGGAUAAUUGUCAUCAUGCUGAUUUAUAUCUAAAUGUUAAGUGUUAAUUUAGUUUACAACAAUUAGUAAGCUAAAUGUCACUGUGCUGCAUAAAUAAUUGACAUGUUUGUUGAUGAAUUUGCCUCCUGCAAUGCUAGAACUCGAUUUAUCCACAAUGAGUGUAUGUUGUAAAUGAGUAAAAAACUCUACUGCUUUAACCUGAGGGAUUUCGGUCGUUUUAAGAAGGAUUUUAAAUGUGUGUUUUAGUUUUCUGGAUGUCAAUUCUAUGGCCUCCAGAGUUACCUCCCUUAUGUUUUAUACUAUGUUAAAAUUUACAAGAUGUUGGUGCCUGAUAUAGGGGGUAUUUUGGAUUCACUUUAGUAUGAAUGUAGAGAUACUGUAUGUCGUCCAUUAUUAUGUACAAUCCUCUGCGGGCAUUUUCAGGCUUUAUUUUAAUUACCUUACUAAAAAAAACACAGUUUUGCAAAUUUCUGAUAUUUCUUUUUUGAAAUAAUCCACUCUCAGCCUUUUGUACUUUUGCAGCAUCAUUUCAGGGUACAUAAAGCAUUGCCUCCUUUUAGUGUCUAAGACAAAUGGCUGAAGCUCUGAACGGUUUGAUGAUGCAGGAGAAAAGAGUGUUUGAUGUGAAGUGAUGUAGCACAACAGCAGCAGCAUGUUUCUCUGCCUGCCUGACCCACUUUACCUCUUACAUAAGAAGGCUCCUUUGUAAAAAGCCCUUGUCUUGCUAUUUUUCAAAACCCCCUUUUUACCACCGCCAACACCACCGCUGCUGCCCCCUCCCCCUUCUGCUCCUCAUGGCAGUCAAUGAUUUGCGCUGGGAAUUGUUUUGCCUUUAAGUAUUGUGUCACCACUGUACAGCCAUGUAGAAGUUUGUUUUGGGGGCCACUAGCUGGUCAAAGAUAGUGAUAUUCAGGGUGUAAUCUGUUACCUCUGGACAGGGUUAUUAACUGGAUAGCUCUCCCCUGCCCUUUUUCAAAUAAUUGGUUGCGAGAUGGUUGUCUGGUUGUGUGAUGGAUGGCCGUAAUCCUGCUGAUAAAUGUCUCCUCUGCUCUCAGGUUUAAGGGGGGCUGUAGCGUUUAGCUUAGCAGCAAGAGACACAAGCACAGAAGUGAGGCGCACUAUCUUCACCACCACCCUGCUGCUGGUCUGCUUCACUGUGUGGGUGCUGGGUGCAGCUGCUGACCCCAUGCUGCGAUAUCUGGACAUCAGGUUAGCAAUGGUUAUUUUUAUCUAUGUAUUGAUUUUUAUCUUUUUUUUAUUCCCUUCACACAUACAAUACUCCUAGCUUUCACAUAAACUCAUACAAACAAAGUCAUCCUCAUUCGUUAGUUACUUGCCUGUGAAAGGAAAAACACUGUUAAGAUAGAGAAAAUAAGAAAGCAGGUACAAAUAAAAUUACAAACAUGGGGAAAAAAUAAAAUAAAACUGAUGAUAUUUAUUAUUAUUUGUGCAGAAAUCAUAGUGUAAAAUGUUCAAAAGAAAAAGAGCUAAAUUCAAUAGUGGAAAUAAACAUGUCUUUGUAUUUGGGACACAGACACAGUAUGCAGGUCUCCCUCACUCUGUGUGAAUUCCAGGAACCUGCAGAGUGAUUAUCAUGAAAAUUUCUGUGAAACCAUCAACAAGAUAUUGACCAAAGACAGAGAAGAGUGUUUGUCCUGUUUUUACACUUUCAGUUAGACACACCAGCCAGGCACAAGAAGUGCUCUCACUGGGUGUGCAUGCCAUGGUUUCCUCUUGGAGACAUAGUCCCAACACAUACACAAACACCUGUGAGUGGUUUGUCACUUCUUCUCUGGCACUUGUCCUCCUGUGGCGAGUCCUCAAAAAAUAGAUCCCUUAAACCCAUUCAUAUAGGAAACUAAGACAAGGGACUCCGAGACUCAAAGAGGAGUCAAGGAUGCAGAACAUCUGUGACAUGAAAUCUGCUCUUUUGUGUUAUCCUAUGGAAAAUUAACAGUAUUAGCAAGCCAUAACUGGUAAGCAAUCAUAAUAUUUGACUAUGAUGCACACUCCCCGAUUGGUCAAAAACCCGUAUUAGCCUUUAGGGAUGAACUCCAUCUCAUAUAACAAAUUGCAUCAACCCAUAAAAUGAAUCUCGGCACGUUUGACUGCUUGUUGACACUGUGGCAUAAAUGUUAUUCUGAAUUGUUAUAAAAAACCUUUUAGAUAUUACUCUUAAUCAAUUUUGAGAACACAAAAGUUGACAUUUAUAGCAAAUCACUGAUCAUGCAAGUUCUAGCUGUAGACCUGUUGUCACGUUGCUUUUGCAUGCAAACCAUCGCAAAGUGUGUUGUCAUUAGCCAUUUAUGCUAACAACAAUAGUAGGUCAUGGUUAAACAGCUGGCUGACUUUUUCAAAUUUUAGAAAUUCACUCUUAAUGUGAUCGACAAAUGGGCUGAUAAGAAUGUGCUGUUGCCAUGGAAGCGCUAUACCAACCAUGGGAUCUGAGGGGCAGUCUUUUUAACAUCAUAAAAUAUUUUACAUUUUUUAUUUCAUCCUUAUUUUUUGACAUCUUGUUCCUUUCUUAUUUGAUAGUAAAUGGAAUAAUGUAAAGUGACCAGGAUUGUCUUUUUCAUUGAGUCCUGCUUACCUUGGGAUUCUCAUCAUCUACACCUCCCCACCUACUGUACAUAAUCUCUUUUUCAGUUCAUGUAAGGUUCCAGACUUCUCUGGCAUCAAUUUUGUGUUUUAUUUACCCGUCCAUUGAAUCAUUGUUCUCAUGACUCUUGUUUGACUUGUUAUUUCACCAUUUUCAAAAAAGUUCUAACACCUCAGUCGACAUGAUGCAAGCCUCUAUCCCCCGUCUCUCCAUCUGUUUGUCCUUUUCCAUCAUCUUCACGGUCCUCCAGACGAACACAGCUUUAUUCCCCUCUCAAAUUCACUUAGUAUGCAACAGUUCUUUGUAGAGCUUUUUCAUGCAUGUUUUUCCUCCCUGCCUCUCCCUCCUCCCCUCAUUGCUCAGGCACUUAGCUGUGUAUGUGUCUGCUCCGGUUCUGCCCUCUAUUAGUGACUCGCACAGCUGGUGCAUGGGGCAAAGCAGGUCUGCAGGUCCCUGGAAACAUGUUACCGAGGAGACAACAUUAAAAUGCAGCUUGCUGAACUGUAUACAUGAACCCAUGAGUACAAGCAGAAAACAUUUGUAGCUAUAUAAUGAGAACACAUAGUGAGCGCUGCGUUUUUGCUUUUGAAGCCUGUGUGCUAUCAGAGAUUCGAGGCCAGUGGGCGAUCAUGAUUAAGGAGAGCAGAAAAGGCGUGAAGGAUGCAAGGCCGUAAUUAGAUACUUAUAUUAUUAAGGCGUAAUCUAUGGCCCAGAUCACAGCGGGAUAAUUGACUCCUACGCUCUUUUGAGGCAAUGCUUUGAAUUCUCGGGCGGUUUUCAGUGAUGUAAGUGUGUAUUUAUGUCAGUGAGGACAUUGAAACUGUAAGAAAAAUAUCCGAAAAUGAUCCAAACCAAGAAAAAGCUAUUAUUGUUUUUUGUGGAAGAGGAAAUGUGCUGGUUACAAACUAGAAAGUGGUUUAUAGAUUCAAAUCAAGUCCAAUGAAAUAUGGAAACUGUGCAAUAUAGCACUAAAAAUAUGCAUGCCAAACAGGAUAAGGCAAAAAAAACAUCUAAAUCAAUCCAAAAAUGCACAUCCAUGGACCACUUGUAAACACUGAAACGCUUCCUAUCUCAGAGCUGCGAAACACAAACAGCAAAGCAAUUUGUGAUGUGUGAGAAAACCCAGAGCUGCCCUUUGCUAAAUAAAUUGCAGAUUGACUUUGGAGAUUCAAUCUGCCAAGCUGUUUGUCGAAGCUUUUACUGCAGAAUAAGCUUCAUGUCAUUACAAUGCUAAUGUUUAUGAACCAGACGACAAAAAAAAAACAUCUCUGCAAAAAUCAGCUCAGGCUCAGGAUUCGUGUCCACAAACUCGGGCGUCUUGUUCUGAGUCAGUGGAGCAGCUUGAGGAGUUUUUGCUUUGUUGAUACAAGAUGCUAUCUUUACUGAACCACGUCAGAACAUUAGGUUGAAGAUUAAACAAAGAAUCUUCUAAAUCUGUUUUUGGUGGAAAAAGCCCAAGGAAGACUGGUUGUUUAUCGUCAGUGUUAUGACAAAAAAUGUCUCCAACCCCUUUCUAGUGGUCUGUAUCCUGAGUGACAGCCUCUUAAGAUAUGGUUCACAAUCCUCUGUUGUCUGUUAGUAAACCACCUACAAAUGUGAAAAUACAUAGAAACAAUAAAUAUACAUGCUAUACUUUCAAAGCAUCCAACCAAAAGGAGAAGGCUAGACACCUCCCUAAAAAUACACAUAAAAAUAAUCCACUCUGCUGGUUCAGGAGAGGUGAAAGGAAAGCUGUGAGGAGAGGAGUGGUGCACACUCCUGUCGCUGCUGUUUCCAACCUUUCCUUGCCAUUCUUGUGGGACUGACCAGCUAUAUUUAGCUUGAGGAAGACUCUGCUUGCACAGUGUAAGUGCACAGUAAGAGUGCAUCCAGGGUGGCAAAGUAAACAGUCUACAGAUUAGGAAUUUUUUCCUCGAUUUUUUAUUUGUGUAAAUUUUUUCUUAAAUAUGCUAAAGUAGAGCAAGGACAUAUUCAAACACAGGUAAUGUGUGCAACAUGAAUAACAGCAAUUGUGGCUCAUACAUAAUACACUCUCUUGAAUGUCUUUUUCUGUUCAUUCACUUUGCAUUGUAUUGCAGCACUUAACAAUGUAAUUCAUGUGAGAUGUGUGGCUUUUGUUGUGCAGGCCUAGUCAGUGCAGGGUUGUAACAUCAGCUAUUUCCAGCUAACAUGAACUACAAAUAAUAUAAAUAUGUUAAGGCUGACAUUUUUGCUUCAAAGUGUUAAAAGCACUACAUCUCAUGGGAAAAAAAGACUUGAUGUCAUGUUGUUAAUCCAAAAAUUGCCACAAGCAUUAUAGAGAGACAGCAGCAUUGGUUGUCAUAGUGAGACAGUGAAGAGGGUGAGCACAACGUAUGGAUCUAAAGUUGAGAAAAAGAAGAUGAGGUGUUAUUCUCUGAUUGUUUAUGGUGGUUUUACUCUAAGUACUCUUCAUACCAGCACAAAUGCAGCCUGGCUCUGUGUGUGUGUGUGUGUGUGUGUGUGUGUGUGUGUGUGUGUGUGUGUGUGUGUGUGUGUGUGUGUGUGUGUGUGUGUGUGUGUGUGUGUGUGUGUGUGUGUGUGUGCUCUUCAUCACACCUGCAGCUGUCAUACAGCCCAACAAACAGACAGACAGCUCUAAUUCACAGGUUGGCAGAAAGUGACAGUUUGUGAAGUCUCUUUGGAGUCUAAUAAAGAUUACCACCUGAGAUUAUUUCUUCAGCAGACAAACAGCAGAGGAGGCAGACACUGCUGUCCCCUGGAUCCUAUAGACUUGCAGAUUAGGAUGUGGAGCCACAAACCACUGCACUAUGAUCAAUGCAUUUAAUGUAAAAAAAUACACGAUACACAACAGUGAAUACAUGUUGUUAAGAAUGUUGAAAAUGUUGUUAAGAUGGAACUUUGAAUUCUGUCUAAUCAACUAGUCUAGAGUUAAAGGUGGGGUAGGCAGGAUCUGAGGAAGUGCCAGUUUUUGGGAGAAACCUUGAAUGUAAACACUACCCCUCCCAACCAGUUUUCCCCUCAACUCCUCCUCUCCCCUCCCUCUCUGCUCCAACAAGCCCCGCCCACAAACAGACGCUCUUGCUAACUCUUGUCGUUUCAAUAGAAUUCAUAUAUAAUGCAGAUAAAUGCUUCAGAUAAUCACAAAUGGGGCCCAGUCAACAUGAAAGUAAAAAGCAUUGGUGCUACUGUAGAUGCCAACAGACUAACCAGCAAACACAAUGUUUGCAGGACUUCUACAACUAGGAUCAAGUGACAUACUCCAGGACCCGAGGUAAACAGUUUAGCGGCGCUACAACACGCAGCAGGUCCCAUUUGACUAGAAACACUUCUGUUACAGACACUUGGCUUACUUUGUAAACAAAGCGGUUUACCUGUCCAGCAGAAAGGUUACAGGGUCCGUAAGAUCCCAAAGCGUUUAUGCCUCAUUGAUGCUGACAUGGCUUUUUCGCUCUUGUCCGGUCUACCUCCUUUUUAAGUGCCUGUUAUCUCACCGGAGUCUCUGGUAUUUACUUCAUUUUCUUGCUUGUGUCGGCAGUCGUGGCCAAAGGAGGAUUCAGACACAUUUUCGUACUUUCUGGUUGGUUUCUACUGUCCGAUAUUGAAGCACGCUUACUUUGUUUGGGCUCGUUAACAUUAUUCAAGGAUGUGGCACGUGCCUCACAACACAAGGGAGCAGGGUCCGCCUUGCAACCUACCAGGUUUGGUGAAGCAGAGAAUGGCUUUGUUUACAGUCAGAAAGAGCAGGCCACUCAAAAAUUUUAAAAUGUUGACUGCACAGACAUAACAGAGCACAGCGAUAUCAUUGUAUUCCCAAAUGUCAUCAAUAACUAAUAGCUAUUGACUGAUAUUAAAAGCUUAUUUGUAUAUACACCACAAAAAAGAUGCUUCUUUAACUGAAUCCUGCCUACCCCACCUUUAAGACAACACCAAGAAAACAGUCAAAAUAGAGCACAACUAAUUUAACACAGCUUAACAUGGUCUCGCUGAGUAUUCCAGUGAACAAUGUCGUACCUAAAUGUGGCUAAAGCUAGCAGAGCUAGCACCACCAGUCUCUGUCUCUCCAUGCAGGCCUGUUCUGGUUACGCAUCACUUCAGUCAAGUAUGUAAGUUAACUAGAUACAGCCUACAUACAGCUGUCUCCAUUUUUAACACUAUAAUACUUCCACACCAUCUGUGUUUGUUUACAUCCAGGUAGAACAUUAUGGUAAUAGAUUCAGCUAACGGUGGGUGACUGAGCUUGAGCUUCAAUAAAGCAAGAAAGUUUUCUAUUUGUGGGUGCCAAGUAGUUGCUGUGGUAUUCUGACAGGUUUUUGCAUUGUUCAAUUGUUGAUGGUUUUGUAUACAUAAGUGUUUAUUAGUUAAAUCACUAAAACCAGCCUUUUGAUUGAGUAUACAUUUAUGAAAUCAUAGUUUUUCCUGCUGCUCCAGCCCCAUUUUCUUCCUUUCAUAUGUGUGCAUGCAAACAUGUGAACCUGUGAAUAUCUGCCCUGAAUAAUGCAGCAGCAUUUAUUUGCAUGUUUCUGCCUGUCUGUGAUCGUUCCAUCUCUGCAGCUCAUCACAGUUUACCAUGUUGACUAUGUUUCAGAAAGCCUCUCUGUUUCUCGCACUACCUCAUCCCCAGCUCCCGUCCCCACUUGUCUCUUCCCUCAUCCAAUCACACGAAGGGAAGGGACGAGUAACAACUUUGCAAGACUUCAUUUUUGAUAAAUAAUACAUCAGAUCUCCUCACCUAGAGAAAAUGUAACUCCCAUUCCAUCUCUGAAACGGUUUUGUGGAGGAGUCUUUGAAUGUUGUACUCUGUGAAAUUACAGACCUUCCCCCACAGGCGACGAUUCAAAGAAAAUGAGGUGGUAAAGUGUUUUUUUUUUUCUUUUUUUUUGUUUCCACAUAGUGAAAUUUGUUCAAGAAAGCUGGCAUCGCUAGUUAUAUGGCUCUGGGUGGACGUGUGUGGGAGAAGCAAAGAAGGCCAGACUACACUUUCACACACAGUAGACAGGACACAGCAAUGAUUUUCUGUCUCUUUCAGUCAGAUGUAUCUAUUCUGCCAGUUAUUUUUUGUUCAAGAACCGACAGAGGAUAUGUAUUUAUCUAUCAAUCUCUCCAGACUUGAGUAGGCGUUUAAGACAGAAUUACUGGAUUUCUUUUUGUCAGUUUUUAUUAGUGCGGUACAUACGCUGCUUUUAUAACAGUCCACCAUGUCUGGUUUUACCUAAUAAUCGAGUAAAAUACAAGAAAAGACUGUUUUUAACGACAUAUCAGGCGCAAGGAUUCAAAAAGGAAAGAAAAAAGACAAAAGAAAAUGUUGGUAUCUGUGGCUUCAAGAAAAGACUUGUCACAAAAAUAAAGGAUGGCAAUGUUUGUUCCACUAUUCGGCAAUCUGAAAACUCACAAUAACAUAGUUUCACACACUCACACUCUGAAAAGUCUGCCCACAGAGGUGAGCUGAGCAAAAAGAGGUGAGCUGUCUGUCACGCCAUAAUGAGAAAUUCAUGCGCUUCAUGUUUGGAUUGAUGGUUUAGACUCAAACCAGAUGAGAAACACACAGUAGAGCCUCAGUUUCCAGUCGGCUCACUGUUCAGUCAGACGUCAGACUUCAGAACACAAAAUGAGCUUUUAAGGCCCGCACCGUCUGCCUCCUUUUAUUUCAACAAUUUCUCUCUUUUCCUUUUCCAUUUCAGGCUCCAUUUGAAGGCCUAUUAUUGCUCACUCUUGAGAGUUUCAUCAUACGGCUGUGAAAAGAAGGGAUUGUUUACUCUGAGAUGAAUACAGUAAUGAAAAUACUAUAUCUACUUAUUGUGCAUUUAAUCAGUCUAAACACAACCUUCAGUAAACCUUGAUGAUACUCAUUUGUGCACAUUCCUGUGCAAACCCAUAAACAUGACAUUAACGGGCACUUUGAAACAAACUUUGAAACAGACUGUACCAAUCUGGAGUGAAAACAACUUAUUAAGAAGUCAUUCAAUUCAUGUUUAAAUGAAAAUGCAGCCCAUUAGCAGAUGUGAAACUUUGGUACUGUUGUAGGAGCAGACUGAAUAUAGAGAUUUUACAGUAGUUGCACCAUGCUCAUGCAGAUUUAACCACAUUAAACAUCAUUUCCUUGUUGCAUAAUUAACAUUUUUAUGCGUAAAGGCUUUCUACUUUUCCACUAUGUUAUUGAAAUAGCCCACUGGUACAUACUGUUAAUAUAGUACGGUAAAAGUUUAUUGGAGAAUAAUCCAUGUAUGCCUGUAGAAUAGGAAGCAAAAUAUACAACUCGCUAUCUCAUUCAGAGACUGUGUUUGUGUUUGUGGUAGACCUUCCCAGCGUGUGAGGCUUGACGGGGAAAAAGAAAACAAAAACAGGAAGGCCAAAAGUUCCCAUGUGCCUUAUUUAAUUGGCAAUAGACCAGUGCUUGUAUUUGCCCCAGCUCUGCACCAGCUUAGAGAAAAGGCCUGUGUUUGUGGCUGUAACUGCGAUAUUUGAGAUUGCGUGAUCUUUUCAUAAGGCUGGAUCAGCCCUUACAGUAAAGUAGUUUUACUUUUGACUGUAAGAACACUCAUAUAUUGCUAAAACAGAAACUUUUUAAUCACUUUUUUAAACACCUAUAUGCAUUUGGAUUUUUUUUUACAUUAACACUUAAGAAGCAACAUUGGUAAAUGUAAAAACAUGACCUUGUUACAAAGUCCCUUUUUAAGUUUUCUGUUAGUUUCGGGGUUUUUUUUCCUCUUUUUACCUGGGUAACCUUGUCCAAGCAAUAUAACCAACCUUCAGACACACGCACACACUCAUUGUCACAUAUCUGGUCCUCAGUCGGUCUGACUUCUUGGCUUUGAUGAAGGCCUGAGGUGACAGGAAACCCCCGGAGAGAUCUAAGACCCAGUUAAAGUGAGCAGUCUGGGGCCUCUCGGCUUUGAACGUUGGCCUGUUAUGUCCUCCUCAAGCCCUUUCACUUUUAAUAUCAUCCAGUAUCUACAGACCAGCUCAGACUUAUAGUUUUAAUUUGCCUUUACAGUCUGAUACUGGUGGUGUCUGUGGUUUUAAAUGUGCAGUGGGGAUCACAAGGUCUAUUGACUCACUGUGUGAUUACCCCGGUUUAUUGCUUUGUUAUAUAGUGCACAGCAUUUAAACAUUUCCGGUUUAUACUGGCAGCAUUGUGUAAUGUUUCAUGGAUGACUAGAUGCUUGGUCCACUAAACUUUACAUUGUCGUUCAUGGUCCCUGAAGGAGGAACCACACAAAGGAUACAGUAUAAACCAUAGACUGUAUGUAGAAUGGACAGUGUCUGCCUCCUUGCUGGGUGAAGCCACUGUGAGAACAGCACCCUCUGGUGACGGGCUGCAGUAUAGGUCAUAAAUCCCGCCUCCUCCAGCAAUCCCUAUGGAGCUGUGGACAAAUUUUAAAACUUUAUUACACAUAAUCUAAAAUUUUCUCCCCCCUGCUUCAGAUGUUGACAUGUAGUUAUUGUAAGAUUGGUUUGUGCUGAAGUCCUCUUUUUUUCUGUACAGCUCCAUUUUUAAAAGUUAUGAGGGGGUUCAUAUUUUUUAUGAUUGACACUUGAUACAGCCUAUGGGUGUAUGAAGAUUGCGAAGCUCACCCAGGGGAUACACUGUUUGAGCCGAGCGUCAUCACAGCGACUCUCGGCGACUCUACCGCCGAAUGUGUACAAUGCUACUGCGCAAGUAGUGGAGUGCGUACAACGCUACUAUGCAAUGUUGGUUUCAGGAAGUAGUAUAUUAUAUACAGUCCAUGUUAUAAACCUAGCUUUCUUGCAAUUUCAGCAUACAUCACAAAGUAGCUACUGUUUAUUUUGAAGCUAGGCUUUAUGAGGCUUUACGCCGUCACCUGGAGCUUGUUAGUAUGGUCGGUUUAGCUUUUAGCUUACUGUGGCAAAGAGCUGCCUCAGCAUAACUGUACCCUUAUUUUAUUAUUUUUUUUUUGAAUAUGAACUCCGUGAAGCGCGAGCAAUCAAAGAAGCAGAGCAAGAAGAGGCAAUGGCAUGCAAGUCGUUCUCCCUCUACAGUUUUGUGAGAUGAUGUCAUUUUGAAAUAUGACGAGAGGAAAGCAGGCAGGAAGAAAGCCUGGGCUCUCCACUUUGGCACAACUCUCCAUGUGUCACUUUUUGUGUGCAUGACAGUGCAGGGGUAUGGUUGUAAACUUGGAGGCGAGUGGCAACAGCUGUAGUCUGGCUAAUGACUGGUCUGUUUGUUUUGAGUGGACAGAUGGACAAGUGGAAAAGCAUGUCUCUGAUGUCACUCACUGUCCUUCAUGCCCCACUGACCUCUUAUCUCUCUCUCUCUGUCCUUUACUCUUUCUCUCCCUCUCUCUCCUUCUCUCUACCAGACUUCUUUUUGACAUCCAUCUGCCUGUAAAGCUUUGAUAACAUUUUCCAAUUGUGGCGGACUGUGUAAUACAAGGAUAAGGCCACACACACGCACACACACACACACACACACACACACACAUGCACCUCCUCCCUAAUAUAUAGGCAUGGCAGUACUGAAGGAGAGAGGAAAGUCACCCACAUAUCCUCAUGUACAAAUACACACUGCCCAUAAUAAAAAGAUGUUAACCUGAUUGGAUGGGAGAUACUUCAAAGGACUCUGAUGAUGAAUGGGUCCUGCAUCGGUUUGCCCGUGCUGAUAAGUAAAGGAGACAAUAAGACAGAGGGAAGACAAAGAAAAAAGCUUAACUCCUAAUGUCUGUCUUUCUUAGUAUAUUCUUUAUUCUGUCCAGUAAAGAAGAUUACUUUGUAAAGGACUGAAAUGGGAAAAAAAAUAAGAGAAGAGUGAAUUAGAAAACCAAUCUAAAAAGUACGAGAUGACUUUGGAAGUAAGGAGAAGAACAAAGGCUUUCCUUCGUCGCACUAAAAUGUAACUUUAUUGGGAUUUACCAAGCGAUCGCUGUCACACAAUAGCUCUCUGAGUGUAAAGUCCUUCAUUUCAGCAGUCUUUUUGUUGAGCUGCUUUGUCAAGCAAGACCCAUCAGUUAUUAUGUCAACCAAACACAUUUAUGAAUAAUUCAGCCUGAUGAUCCAGUGAUGGAUCUGAGCUGUAACACUGUUCCCAGAACACUUUGUCGCUGUUAUUUAUCAAAACAACCUGCAGAUCUAUUUUUUCUCUUCUUCUCUUUUUCUCCCACUGUUCCUCCUUGGAUGAUUUUUACUCCCGCUACUUGCUGUACUGAAAGUUAAGUCUCAUUUUUCAUUACAUUGAGCGCAGCUCCAGUGGGUGAGCGGGUUUAGAUGUGCAGCACUAAGUCACGGUGGAGACCUGGGAGUUCAGCGAGCCGCGCCGACCAUUGAUUAUGUCUCCAGAGUUUUGGAGGACCAGGCUUCAUUUUUAACAUUUCAGGCAGCUCUUUUCUCCGUCAGGGAAAAAGAUUCUGCCAUAAAAAUAUUCAGCCGGUUCUCCUCCAGCUGUGACUUUGGACUCAAAAUCGACAUGACCUCAAGGUGUCAUUUGUAAUUGCUGUCCUCAGCCUGAAAUUAGCUCUUAAUUUGAAAAGGUCGGAUUUAUGUUUGUACUUAACACUCAUUUCCUACUAAUGCUAACUCGAAGGAAAGAGUUAAUAACUUUAACUUUUUGGGUUUGAGGUGUUCUAGAAGAUUUAUUCAGAGACUGGAGAAGAGAUGAUGAGUUGCAUUUGUGAGGCAAAUAGAUAUAAACAUUUAAUCAAUGCACUUUAAAUGGCUUUUAUCUUGGUAGGGAGGAAAAAACUACCCAUCAUAUUCAGCCUAUCCUUGUCCGCCUGUGACAGACUCCCAACCCCAAAGCCAUUAUCUAUUUUUUUGUUGUUGUUUUUUGUUCACCCAAGCAAUGUCCCCUCUCAAACAUAUCCAAGUAUCGCUCCACUACGGCUGAAGAUGCAUGUGCACUUAACACUCAUUUAAAAUUCAUAAAGGGAAAAAGGUCAGUCACUUCAACUUGUAGGAUUUAGAGAUGCUGCAGAAGCCAACUUCACAACAAACUUGGUCGUAGGACGGGUAGGCCGUAAAUGCAGACAGUGAAAAGAUGAUGUCAUUUGCCAUUUCAGUCUUGAGCUCAGCAUUUAAACUAAAUCUUACUCUGGAUUUGCCGAGGCUGAAAUCAGAAACAGGCUAAUUUGUAGAAUAGGCAGGACCCACACAAGGAUAUUGAAUUUUAUUAUGUUUUGCCUGUUCGUUUUUUGCUCAAUUUUAAGUGAUGAAGAUCACUGUUGGUCACUUUAACACUCUGUCUACCAAAAUUCUGCAACUACUAGAAUUACCAUAAACAGUCAUUUUGACUGCUCAGUCUUUACUUGCACAUAAUUUGGAUAUUCAACAAUAAAAACUGAUAAUAAAUUGGUGGAAUAGAUAAAAAAAACAUCAUUACACAAAAUGAAAAUCAUAAUAAAUGAGAUUUUUAAGAGCCUUCCUCAAAAUACCAAGACACAUCAUUCCCUGAAAUUGCUCAUUCAUUGGUUUCUUCCCCAUCAAAACUCUGAAGCAAGGCUUAAGCCUCCAUACUUGUCAUUUUUCUGUUAGUUGUCAUUUUUUAGUCUCUUGAGUUUUGAAGUAAGUUAUAGCAAGAUUUUAUCUUUACAGAGCUUAAAGUACAAAAUAAACAAUGCAGCAGGAAAAAGAGUGGGAAAAUGUAGCAAAUAGUUAAAUAUAACACCCUUUGCAAAAAGGUAGUUCGAGGUAGCUUUACUCAGCUCUCUUUUGUGUUUUGAAAUUUUAAUGAUAAAAAAAUGUUAGAAUAAAAUAUACACACAUUUAGGAAAAGUCUGGGUAUAAAGUGUAUAGGUUUUUUUUUUUUAAGUUAUGUCUUUGUAAAUUUGAAAGCAGUCAAAAUGACUGCCUUGGUUGUUCGGGUGUUAAACUGCUGGGUUGUGACAUAUACCUGUAAUUUAACAUCAGGCAAAGGAAAAAUGCUUGUUGGUCGGUAGGAUAGGUAGGACCCAAACCAGAAUGCUUUCAUGGUUAAUGAGGAGAGCAGUCAGUCUCUUAAACUUGUGGGGUUGUAAGGUGUCUCUUGGACUUCUAAUAUGCUGGAUAUAGUGGGACUCAAAUGCAGAUGUUGUUGUCAGAAAUCUAUGACUUUGUUAGAGGCAGGAAUUGGACAGUAAAAGAUAUUUAAAGACAUCCAAAAAUAUCUAAAACUUUUGAGGUUACUCUAGCCUAGCCUGUUGUUGUCCUGUUGUAGCUCACAGCUCCACAUGGACACGACUCUGAAUUGCUGUGUACCAUUUCUGCGUACAGCUCAACACUGCCACAGCCCAAGUGUAGCUAACUGUGUUUUGUUUUGCUAAGGCUGAAGUUUCCUGUGAACGCCACACUCAUUCCAUAUUCAUGAGGGGAAAAGAGUCUGUCACCUGUUGGGUUGUAAGGUGUUGUUAAAACAGGUGUGUUUGGAGGUCACGUAGGAUCCAAAUGCAGAUGUCUGCAAGAUGAUAAGAGAAAUGGAGGCAGAGGAAGAGUUAUGAUUGUGAUGCUGAUCAGACGUGAAACUUUAUCUUCUCACAUCAGCCUGCAGGGUUACUCUUUGUGGCACCAGAUACAGAUAGUUCAGCUCAACUAUCAACACUACUAUGUGUGUUGAUAGCUGAGCUGUGUGCGUGUGUGUGCGGUUGUUUGGUGCGCGCGUACAGACAAUAAACAGGUGAGAGCUUGAGAAGAGUGUGCGUGCAACUGUUAAAUGUUCUCCUCUGACACACUGCUCAAUGGGUUCCCUCUCAGAUUGAUAGUCAUGUCGGCGUGCGGGGAGACUGAGUAGAUUGCUGUGGUAGCGGCAUCCGUCAGAUGAGCCAAUACAGCGAGUUUAUCAGGUGGAGAUUGACUCUGAACUGGGGGUCUCGUACAUUGGAGUAUCGUGCUAAAAAGGCCCCGAGGCACGGCCUAAUGGAUGUGACGUCAAUAUGGAGAGGGAGGAAGAGGGCCAUUAGGAAGAGCAUCAGGACAAUGAAAGAGCCCACUCCUGUGUGUGUUCAUGUGUGUGUAGUCGUGUGGGUGUAGAGGGGCAGAAAAAUGAUCUAAAUGGAGAACCAGGGAAUUUUGCAUGAAUAUAAUAUGCAAAUUUAAUACACAAAGUGGUUUGCAUGUGAGUGUUCAUUGUCUAAAGAAUGUCUCCUUCAAGCGCAGGAGAGAAUAUAAGCAAGAACAUUUGUUUUUGUUGUGUGUAUCUCUGGCAGGUGUCUGUUGGCUGAAAGAGGAUCCACACAUGAGUAUGAAUAAUAAAACAGACACGGGGUGCCUCUGCUGCACACUCUCUCACACAUGCAUGUAUGCAAACACACACACUGAUGCAGAUGCACACCUACACAUUUUCCACUCUGCUGGUGGAUGAACAAUGCUCCAGGAAUGUGGUCUGCAUGGAGUCCUUGGAGGGAACAAGAAAUUGGUAAUGAGCGUUGAUGGAUGGUACUGAUGGGACUAAAUUUGCAGCAGAGCAAAGAGCUGCAGAGGUAGAGAUAGAAAAGUGUCUGCAAAACUCUCAUCCCAGUGCUUCAUCAGUGUGUGUUUGUUGUUCAGGAGAAAACCCUAUUGUGUUUGUGUGGAUGAAUUGUGGGGGCUACUCUUUGUAGAAGAGACGCCCUAAUGAAUCCAACUUACCCAGCAUCCCUAGCUGCUUAGCGACCUAGCCUCUCAAUCUCAAUGGGAAUCUCCUAUUUAGAAAGCCAUUAUUUUUAGUCCUCUAUAAUUAAAGCCCCUCUGCCUCCUUGAAGAAUUAACAUUGGAGGGAAGGACGGGGACUGAAAAUUCAAGGACAGAAGUCAGUCUGGAUGAAAAAUCUCUGACCUCCAGCUCUGUUUUUAAACUUGUGAGAGGAAGAAUUGUACAACCUUGUCCUCUUUUUUUAAGUUUUAGCUUACUUAACAAAAAAAAAAGUUAUGAAACAUUUUGAUUCUGGGAGUAGAGGCACGAAAGGUCAGACCAAUAGAAAAAAUGAGUGGUUUUACUUGAUACACUCAUGGUUAUUAAACAACAGUAUCUCUUAGGAAUGGUAACAAGUUAGUACUACAAAGUCCAGUAUUAAUAGCUCACAGAGGCCUUAUCAGUUGCACAUCAGGACAUUGCAGUGUGUAGGAAACAUAGGCAGCCUGAGGCAGUUUAUAUAAUGCCAGUUUUGACAUUUAUCAAUUGGAUUUACAGAGGGUAAUUGGCUGAGCUAUCAGCUGAUCUGGGAUGGCCUGAUUCAAAGACAGUUUCAGUCCAUGCAGUUCAUUUCUUAAUUCAUACACUCUUUGAUAAAAGAUCUGUUAUGAUCACAUAAGGGAUAAAUAUCUGCACCAGAUCCACCUCCUAAAGGCAUGAUUGACAAUCUGAGAAACAGUUGGAUAAAACUGAGCUGUUGAGGCAGAUUUGAAAAAAGCGUCCCACCCCCGCACAGACAAACCUCUCCCCUCUGUGCUCCAUGAUAACUCCCACCCCGAACCUGUAUCGCCCUCCCCAUGACACACACCCUCUGGCAGAGCAAGAAGCCGCUCGCUUCAAAUAGGAUUCUCCAUGUGGGAUUUCUAGUGACUAGCAGCAGUAAACGCCAGCUCUGCUAGCGAGCACUGUCUGCAGCUGCCUGGACAACUACCAUGUUGACAUUGCAGAGACUACUAAGAGUUAUUUAUGUAAAAUAUGACACAAUAAAAGACAAAACUUACCUGUUCAAUAAAAACUCUGGGAGGGGAUGAGUCGGAACCACGGGAGAGGGGUGUGUUGAAUACAGCGAGCUGAUUGGAUGGAGAGGCGGAGCAGGAGAUUGACCAAUAGGAGCUGUCCAGGACGGAUGGCUCCCAUUGGUCAAUGGUUUUGAAGCCCUGUAGCUGCUAGGGUGAAUGGAUUUUUAUCCAUUCUUUUUUCUAUUCACUUUGUGGUGAUUGCAAUUUAGGACCAUGAUCGCCAUAUAAACAAGGUUCAUAAUAAUGACCAACCUCUCCAAUCGUCAAACAUGUGCGCAUAUAUCAAGAGUAAAAAAAAAUAGUUGUGGCAGCUCAUACAGGGUUACCAAUAUGGCAGCAACUAUCAUUGGUCUUCAAAACACCUCUGCAGAAACCAUUAGGUGACAUCAUUGACUAGCACUAUGUUUUAUAUCGUCUAUAUAUCAACACAUGUUGAAUAUAUAUUAUUUAUUUCAUUACUAUUUCUUUCUGGACCAAGGGGUUUAACCACCCUCAGAUAUUAUUUUACUAAACUCAAGUUUAAAGCUUGUAGUUUGCCCGAUAACACAGAUAACACAGAACUUUUGUUGUAAGUGAAAGAACUUUUGAGCAAUUGUCUAAAGAGGAUGUUUCCAUGUCUUUAGACACUGAACUGUUUUCUCCUUAGUUUGUUUAUUGUCGUCCAGCGCUACAGAUCAUUGUAGAGGCAAACUGAGGCAUUUGUCAAGGUGACACUGUGUGUGUCAUCCUUUUGAUUCCCCGCUGCCCCAAAUGUUAAGCUCCCCGCAAGGUUGAAACCCGUCCAUUUUUCUUUGAUCUGUGCUAUGAAAUCCAAUCUCCCUGAGGUGGGUUUCUGUUUGGUCCCGACUGCUUGUUCUUGAGGCAGGAAAUCAUUGGCCAGAAAGAGAACAACAGCGUUGGCCAAACACAGACUCCCAAUACACAGAUGAGAAAAGAGAGGCUGAUUUAAUGGUUCAGCAGAGGGGGCACACAUAGAGAGGAGGGAGGAGGGAGGGUGAAUGUAUAGCAAGAAAAUGAAUAUAGACUAACUGAACGACGAGACAAUCAAGUGAAAUGAUAGAGUGAGUGCUGGGAUAUGGUAAUUGGUUCAGUUUUUGAAAGCCUCGAAGCCCUGGCUCUGCUUGAAUCAAGACCAUGAAAUCGUGUCUUUAUUGAAGGAAAUUGUGUGAAACUGUUACAUUAUGGUAUAUAUUUAAGAGCCUGACUUUUGCCACAGAAAUACAAGUUCCUAUGUAUGUUAGUUCUGCAGCCUCUUUUCUAACCCAUCUGACUUGUACUUGAGACCCCCGCCUGAAGGCAGAGCUAGCGGAAAAAAAGAAGAAUGGACUUGGCAGACCUCAAGUUGGCCAUCUGUUCCUUGGGAUGUGGUCAGGAUGAAUUAUGCCCUUCUGUCCAUGUCACACACACACACACACACACACACACACACACACACACCCACACACACACACACAAACCCAUCCUGCCCUCCUCGUGUACUGUAUUUCAUCAAGCCUUUUACGCACACAGUCACAGUGCAUCUGGCUGUCCAGUCUGCAGUGUCCCUCAGCCAUGUGUCUGGACGUCUGUUCAGACGGUCUGUGGUUUUCAGGGAGAAAAGAAGAAGGGUGGUGGUGGUGGUGAUGGCCGUGUAGUGGAGAGGGGUCGUAUUGAUUCACACCCCCUAGCAUCAUGCCAAGAAGCUGCUUUCAUAACCCUCCCUCCUAAAUAAUUCACCACUUGCCCUCAAAAUUUUUGUUAGCACCUACAUGGACUCGACAAUGUGCCCUCACACACGCAGAAUUGUGGAGAUAGUGUGUGUUUGUUCAUACAAUGCAAAAGCAUGUAUCUUCUUUACCCAAGUAAAAUGACAGAUUGUUAAAAAGAUUCAUAUAAAAGCAGGAAUGUGUGUUAAAAUAAAAGGUAUCGAAGUAAAAGCAGCCAUCUAAUGCAGGAGUUCUCAACUGGUGGGUCUCAACCCAAAAGUGGGUCACGGACACGUUCUGGAUGGGUCGCCAACAGCUGGUCAAAGGGUAGAUAUUUCAGCACAUCUGAUGUUUGAUAUGUGUUUUAUUUUGAAAAAUAGCUUAUUUUGAAAGGCACACAUCAAGUUGAGGUCCUCCUCGGUCCUUUAUUAAUGAGGCCUGAAUGCAGUAAAAUAAAUGAAUAUAUAUAUGUAUAUAUUUGGUCUUGAUUUUUUGCAAUUUGAAAUUUUCUGUAAAUGCAACUUUUGUAGUUGUCAUCCUCAGUUCAUGUACUGCAAUUUACUUGAUAAACUGCAGUACAAUUAUGUUAAAGAUUUGAGUCUUGAAAGGUUUUUUUACAUAAAAAAACAAAUUUGCUAGGUUUAUAUUUUAUAAAAGUGGGUCGCGACUCAAGGACCAUGAGAAAAUGUGGGUCCCAGAAUGACCAGUGAUCUAAAGGAUUUUUCUGCAAGCUGUCCUAGCAUCCCAUCAUAGUAAAAAGACUGCUAACUAUAAAUGUUUUCAACCUCAAAUUGAAUUUUAAAAACAAUAUUUAAUGUCAUUAAAAGUCAAAGACAAAACUAUUUUCUAGAUCUUUUAAUUUUCAGAGAUUGUAUAGAUCAUUAUGUUUGUUAUUCAUGCAAGAAGCUGACAGCAUUAAUUUCUAGAGCUUAUUUGCAGAGGGCAGAGUGAUCUCUCACCUUUACUGUCUGAGUAAUAUGGACCAGGAAGCAACAAGUAGACAAAGCCAAGCAUAAUAGCAGCGGUAUACAACUUCUUGUGCCCCAAACAUCUGAAGUCUUGGAGCAUUUCACCCUCAUCACUGCAAAAUAAACAAAAAAAGAAAAAAUUGCCUGUAAAAUUUGCGAAGCAUCUCACGGGAACACGCAUGGGUUGGUCAUGUGUGAGCAUUUGAAGAGAAUCUCAGCUAAAAAUGUUCAUCUCUGCCUGUCUUUUUCAUUUCUUUUGCUUCCUCCUCAUUUAACUCUGAGCAGUGGAGCAAACUCCUACCACGUAACUAUAGCAACCACGCUUCAGUCGUCCGUCUUACUUUGACAGUGUGUGUAAAAAAGAUGGCUUCCAUUAAUUUUGUGUUUUGAGUUUGAAGAGUAAUAUCAGAUUCAUAAGCUGAUAGUUUAAUAAGGAUAAGUAAUUGAGUAGUUUAGUCUCAAAUAAAUCAAUUAAUGUUUUUUUAGUUAUUAUUAUUAUCAGUUAAUAAUGAGGAUUGGUGUGCUGGUGAUGAUAGUCACCCUACUUCAAGGAAUGUUUGUGUUUCGAGCUCUGUUGCUGCAGAGGUGAGACAGUAGUUCAAACAUUCAUUAGUACUUCAUUUUUAAUAUUUGACUAAUGCUCAUCCAAACUAUCUGACUGAUGUGCAGUGCUCAGUUAUCACAGUGCCUCUUUCCCAGAGCAGAGCAGGUUUAAUUUUCUAGCCUCUAAUAAGCUUGCACUGAAUUCAAAUUAACAAAAGCAGGCCACCAUCUCUCAAUAAAGAAAAAUCCAAAUUAAAAAAUCCUCCCAGUGAGCUCUGCAGCAGGAAGCAGUACGCCAUUAGCCCAGUGCUAUAUAUAACACACAAUAAAAAGCUUUCUCUGAGAUUCUAUCGAUAUAUUUAGCUGGUGGCAGCAGACACCGCCCUCCAUCUUGAUCCUCCUCAAUAAAAACAUGACACUGUCCAAAUCUGACAACCAAACACAGCUUUAGACGCCCCGCUGCGGCAGCCAUGAGCCAGUAUCUCCUGCGUUAUCAAAAGGAGACAUUUGAUGUCACAUCCUCAAGGCAAGAAUGAGCGGAAGGAAGAGGGGAGAAAAGAAAAUUACAGCCGUAUAAGGGGGAUUUGUGCAGUGGCGCAAUCAUGAAUCUGGCAGCGAAAAGACAGACCCCCAGGCAAAUUGCCCUCGGACUAGUUCAGUUUCUCAGAGCUUCAUCUGAAAGUGUGUUUGUGGAAUUAAAUUGUUUUUUAUUGAUCACAGCACUUUUUUAUUUGGAUUUCAAUUUCCCUGUGCUUAUACUCCUUCCAGCAUGCAACAGGCUUUUAUUUCUCUCUCCAAUAAAUACUCUGCUGGUCAUUUAGAUUUAUUAAGUUUUGGCAUCACAGCAAGGUCUUAACUUACGCAGCGAGGGACUUUGGCAUGAAUGUUUGUGCAUGUCUGUGCACGGCUAAUACAACACACUUUCCCUCUUUACUGAUGGUAAAGCCUCAACAUCAGCAGAGGACUGUAUACAACUUCCAUAAUGUAGAUUUGUUGCAUAAUGGUUCAAUUACAGUGCAUAUAGAGAGAAUUUGAAUGCCUGUAAGAGACUUUUAUUGCUUUACUUUGUUUGAAAGUUUUCUUUGGCAAGUCUUGAGACAAAGCAAUGUAUCUGCUUGGCAAUAUAUCUGUCAAAAGAGAUGUUAUUGUUCCUCAAGGGCACUAAAUCUGCACCACCAAAACCUGCAGUUGGAGUUUUUUUUCCCCUGAAAAGUAAUAACUUACCUCUCAAACCUGGGGGAUGAGAGAAACAGAGCAGCACUGGUAUCUACAGGAGACCUAAGAUUGGUCUAGAAACACCACAAUUAAAAAAAAAAAAGAUUCUGCUUGAUACAAAGAAAAAUACUUUCUAGUUUAACACAAAUGAUCCCUUACGAAAUGAAUGACCAGUUUGAUGUUUUCUUCAGAUGUUUAAUUCGUUCAUUGUAGACAGGGACUGUUCUCCUGACAUUUUGCCACGCUCCAUAUUCAGGUAGCUGUGCCAGGCUAAAUUUAGGCCGCUUCCCUGUGUGACGCUGAGACAUCCAGGUGAAUGUUGUGAAAAGGGAAAUAAGUUCUCUGUGAUAAUAAUAUCUUUGGCUCCCACAGCCUCUUGCUCCCAACUGUCCCCGGUUAUCCACAGGGAUCCAGCUGGCUGAAACGAUAAAAAAACAUCCCCUCCUAACACACACAGAGAGAAUCCGUAUAAAAGGGAGGCCCAAGCAUAAACACAGAUACAUGAUACCACCAGUUUGACAGGAGAAAAGUUAGAUCAGAGAGCAGCUUGGUGGCAACAACAGUGAAGAAAUCGUUAGUUGUUUGGAAAUCUAGAUAAGAAAACAGUAACUUCCCGUCCAGUAAUCUCAGUUUAGCUUGAUGGGGGGAAAUCUAUCCUGGCUUUUUCUUAUUUUUAUUUUUAUUUUUACUCCAUGGGAGGUUAGCAUCAAAAAGUUCUAGUAUUUCAAACCUUCCUGUUGUUAGUAAGCUUAUUUCGUCAUCAGAUGACGCUGUCGUUAUGCUAAUCGAAGCAAGCAGCUGGCUAUGGCCUGAUAUGUUUCAGUCUAGUCUCUGUCCAGUUGCAGGAAGGCAAUAAAUCAAUUACACAAAAAAAUUAAAACAUAUAAUAUACUGAAUAGUCGGGGUGUCCCAAUCCGAUAUUGAUAUCGGAUAUCAGUCCGAUAUCAGCAAAAAAAGGAAUAUCAGAUUAUAUCGGCCUGCAUCUAAAAUUUCCGAUAAUAUCACUCUGAUACAAACAGUCCACUCCAGACUCCACUGCAGCACCUCUAUCAAGCAGCGCCUACGCAGAGCGCAUGUGAUCACAACAGCAGUGUAUACUAACGGGGCGCCAGUCUGGACGGGGUGCCGGUCUGUGGCAACCUGACAGUUCUUCUGUUUGUACAGGAUGAACUGAAAUAAGAAUUUUUCCUUGUGGAACUAAUAAAGGAGUUUUUUACUAAGGUACUAACAAAGUAGCAAGGAGUAAGAGUGAUGUCGGCCAUGUGGCGGUAUUUUUCGUUAAAGUCCUAAAAAGACAUUGCAGCUGAGUGCAAAACUUGUCAUGCACAAGUUUGCGCCAAUAUCAGAUCAGUAUCAGUAUCAGCCAACACUGAAGGCUACAAUAUCGGAAUCAUAUUGGAAGUAAAAAAGUUGUGUCAAGACAACCCUACUGAAUGGUUACAUUGGCAUCUAUGAGGCAUAAAUCCAUUGUACCAGUACAGUUAUUCUGGAGUCAGGCCUAUACUGACUAUAUACUACAUAGUCUAUACUCUUGAAGAAUCCAACUCUAUGCAAGGUUGCUUUACUGUUACUAGGGGGUUUAUGUUUUCUAUGAUUGACACCUGAUACAGCCUAUUGACGUUCAGCGAUUGCAUAGCUCACCCGGAGGAUAUGCUGUUUGAGCCAAGCAUCAUCACAGCGACUCUGGGCUACUCUCUUGCCGAAUGCAUAUGACACUACUGCGCAGCGCUGGUUUCAGAAAAAUAAGAAAAAUCGCGGAAAUACCGAGAGCUUUUUGGCUUCAAAUCCAUAUACAGGCGGGAGGUGGAACCAAGUUGUCCAUAGUAUAUACAGUCUAUGGUUUUAAUUAGUUAGUUCUUUUUUUCUUAAGAUAUUGAUUGACAGCUCUGCUGACAAAUGAAGUCCCCUGUAGUACUCUGUACAGGAUUAGUGGAGUACAGGAAUUACUGUGAGAGAGAAAGUAGCAAACACUGAAACAACAACAGUCUAUGAACCUUCAUGACCCUAAUCUGAACUGUAAUCUGUCUGUUUUUUGGUGAAAAUGAAAGCAAGUUGUUUAUUCUAUGAUGGUCAGGUCACAUGCAGUAGGAGAUUGAGGCAGCUGCAUUAGUGGUUAUGACAAAGCUCCAGCUACAUACAGUUGUAAAACAGUUACACAGUAAAAGACCUUUUUUUGCAUUUUAUACUGGUAUAUUGGUCACAUUGGUGUUCAGCAGCCUAAAUAUAUAGAUAUAGAUAUGACAUAUAGAAAAUAAAUUCAUGUGGUAGGUUGAUGUUUUUAAGAACAUGCUUUAGUGAUGGUUCCUUCUUGGUUUUUCCACCACUUUCCAAGUUGGCAUUACAUAGUAUGCUAAAAUAUUCCUGGUCUUGAUUACACUGUGUCCCAAAAGAGAAGAUAACUUGAUAUCUGGACUGUGUUAGGUGUGUGCUCACUCUUCAGUGUGCAGCGCAGCACAAUAUUUUUCAACUUUCCUCUGUGUUAGAUGAUGAAUUGUGCAACCGUUGUAGUAAUAUAUGAAACCCUGCUCUCGUGUAAAUGUUUGCAAAACCAGCUUCAGCUUGAAUAAAUUUAUUCCUGAUUAAAUCACACAUGAGCACGCUUCUGAUGCCUCACACACUUAAACCAACGCAUAACUAUGCAAAUUUUCUUUUAACACCAGCUCAAGUGGCGUGAAUUUCGGGUUAAAGCUGCAAAGUGAGAGGGAUUCUCACUUCAGGUUUCAGUGAAUUGACCUAAAUACUGCAGAGACUUUGCCUUAUAUGGACUGUUCUUUCAUAACACUGCAGUAAUAGGAAUGGGCGCUUCUCUUUUACAGUUCUCUGUUCUGUCUUUUUGUCCACUGCAGUGUUGUAACAAAGAGAUGAAGGACUCAGAACAGCUAUGAUCUCAGUUUAUAUGCGGUCGUUUCCUUGUAAACCCUUAUGUUAUGAACCAAGAGCUAUAUCCAGGAUAGAUAAUGGAAGGAAACAUUACACUAUAAAGAGUAUUUACAUUUCCCUUGAUAAUGGCAAAAUAUUGUUUAAUAUAAGAGCAGAUUUAUUAUUAUUUGUCUUGAGUUACAUAUCUGUUUACUGUUACAACAAUUGACUGUGCUUAUGGAGGCAAAGUAGCAUUCGCUCUGGAAGUUGAGAUUGUCACACAGCAUAGCUAUCAUCUGUGGGUGCGUGAGAUUAUUUGUGAGUGUGCGGGCUCCAGUUUCUUACAACAUCUGCAGCACAUAUUAAAGAGUUUGUUUCAGGGGAAAUCAGACAAAAAACAAUGGACAUUUUCCUAACUUUCAUUAUGAAGACAAACACGCAAUUCUAAUAUGUUUGUAAGGGUUAUAAACAACAACAAAAAAACACAAAUGUUUCAUUUCUAUCUGAAUUCACAGGUCUGGUUUUUAUCAAGGCCCUCCACUUUUUCUAUUUCUUAUCACGGUAAUCUCCCAGUCAAUACGCUGAGAUCCUACAGUCAGUGGUUGAGUCACUGCAGACAUUGAUUUCUGCUUUUUGUGUUUUUAUUGGGUGUUUUUUUUUUUCUACUCUAUGGCUGCUAGAGUUACUCAUGCCUGAGCUUAUUCUCACUUAGUAAUAACUUUCAUGUUGAGUUGAUAAAAUGUGUUUCUGACUGUUAAAGGCAAAUAAUUAUUGAAACGAAAAUCAAAAAAGGUCAGUUUGAGGCCGUCUCCUGGUAGAGUUGGAGGAUCCAGAGUCAACAAUCCCAAAGUUCACUCUUUGACUAGAACAUAGAGCUGCCUUCAUAGAAGGUGGUUUUUGGGAGUGAUUUGGAGCUUAUGCUGUGAUUUUCACUGCAGAGUCAUAUCUGUUUUUAAUGUACUGUCUUUUGGUGACCUAGAGAUCACAGUCAUCCAGCAUUUUUUGAGCAUUGAUUUAACAAACGUAUUUACUGUGAAAUCCCCAAAUGCGUUGCAAUUUGGUAACACUUUAUUUGACGCCUAUCUCUAUAACGCAUUAUAAAUACAUUUAUAAUGUGUUAUAAUCACGUUAUAGCACUGCAUAAUCGUUGUUAUAAACACUCAUAAAUGAUCAUAAUGCUUUAUAACAAUAAUCAUAACACAUUAUAAAGCAUUUUAUCAUGACUUACAAGGUUAGGUAUUAUAAUGUGUUAUAACUGUUAACAACAGUUGCAUUGCAUUAUCUAUGUGGGCAUUGACAGUGAGUUGUUAACAGUUAUAACACAUUAUAAUACCUGAGCUAUUAAGUCAUGAUAAAAUGCUUUAUAAUGUGUUAUGGUUAUUGCUAUAAAGCAUUAUGAUCAUUUAAGAGUGUUUAUAACUAUAGUUAUACAGCGCUAUAACGUGAUUCUAACACAUUAUACAUAUAUCUAUAAUGUGCUAUAGAGAUAAGCAUCAAAUACAGUGUCAACCAUUUGUACAUUUAUUAUACAUUUAUUCUUUGUUAAUUUAUCUAUUGCUUGCUCACACAGUCCCAUCUUUAUUGAAACAUGCUAGCAUUUCAUUUAAGAUAAGCGAGUAUUUUUCACAACAAAAUCUAAUUUUCAGAUUUAUUAUUUGACAUGUCUUUGACUUUAAUCAAAAAUGGGGUUUAAAUGAUUUGCAAACCAUCAAAGUAGUGGUAGUGUUUCAAGUGGGGCUCAAGCCACCCUGGCUGCAUCCUGGAUCCGCCCCUGUUAAUCAGUGUAGACUUCAUUGAAAAGCAGACGCCUAUUCUGCCACCUGCCACAGAUAGUCACUACCCUCUGAACUGAAAGUGUUGAAGUCUAACAACCACAUUGUAAUGCACAGGCCAUGUGUCAUCAUGCUGUGAAUCUGAAGUCGUGACCCACAAGUUGUUCCCACUGUAUUUUACUAGUGUAUGCUUCACACAUCCUUCACGUCUAGAUCUCAGUAUUUGUCCACCCACCUUACCUCUGCUCCCCUCCUCUGUUCACUGACCACACCCACCUCACCAAUUGACUCAGCUCUCCUGUGUACACAGCUGCGCCUCAUCAGUAAUCAAGCCACCACUUAUAAGCCUCCCCCGCUCACCUGCUACAUUGCUGCAUUGUUCUUGAGACUUUGCUGCACUUUCACUCAGGCUGAUUCCUCAUUUCCUGCCCUGUUUGCCUCUGACUGACCAGCCUUGUUGUAAUCCUGGAAAUCUCCUCGUCCCUUUGGACCCUUCUGUCCACAACCACAAGAUCUGCCUUGGUGCUUCAGACUCCUGUUUGCCUCCGUCACCCGUUGCUUGCUUGGCAUUGCCUGGUGUGACACUGCUGUGUGCCGGUUUUACCCCUUGUAGAUACUGACUGUGUCACCACACUUGUCGCUGUGUGUGUAUUCUGUAGAUAUACCUGCUGACUUUCAAAGUCCAGAUCCCUAGUGCAGCCCAGUCCGGUCUAAUGCCCCCAACAGCUUACUGUUUCUGACCUGGACGUAAAUUUUACUGCCUGUUUGAGCCCAUCAGUAAGAUGAGAUGAUCAUUAUUGAUCCCUGUUGUUCCCCGGUGCUGCAUAUGGGUCUGAACACCACCUGUUAUGGGGGUAGCUGUUGCUUCCUCAUUAUGCAAAUAUAUGAUUUAAUGUUCUCUAGUUGGAUUCAUAUCGCAGUGCUUACCUGUCUACUCCAGUCAUAUCACUGAGUACAAAGGUGUCAGAAAAAUCAUGUAUAAUAGCAGUAAUUGUGCAGUUACCCUGUGGUAUUUUUUAUCAAGCAGACAGUCAGUGCGUUUACAUGCACAGCUUAAUCGGACUAAGCUCAUGAUUCGUUUUUUUCACAGAAUCGGACUUCUCUCCUUGGCCCCAUAUACAUGCAGCUGAGAAAAAAAAACGGAGCAUCAUACAACAUUGUUCAAUAAUUGCAAUAAUUCGGUUUUCUCAAGUGUCAUGUAAAUGUACUGAGUAAUGGUAGAGGGUUUUUUUGAAUAUUCUUGCUACUUUAGGGAUAUUGUUUGUUCCAACACUCAAGAAAGUCUCAUGCUUAUCCAUAUUUAUUUAUUUCCUAUCAAAAAAAGUCACAUAAAAAUUAGCCAGUAACUCAAGUUUAAAAAAAAAAAAAUUCUUUGCCAAUAGCAUUAAGUUGCAAAAUUAGUGCCAUAUUAAAGUACCUCAAAUUGCCAAUGAUGUCUUAGUACAUGCUGGUUCCAAAUUAAAGUCUCUGUUUGGAGGAGGGUAUAUACUGUCAAAUGUGGAAUCUGUGCAAAUCCCCAGUGAGAAACCAAGUGGGACUUGCGAACAGGAAACUGGAAAUAUGUCUUAUAUGUUUGGUCUUGUCCAAACUCACAGUACAGCUCCAACACAGUCCCCAUGAGAAUCCCUAUUUCUCUCUCAUCCUCUCUGCCAGAGAGGCGAGUUGGGGAAAUGGCGCAGAGCGAGCACAGCGGGGAGGCAUGUUGCAGCUUACUCUGCCCUGCCUGUUGAGUAGAAACGACUUCAGAGCUUUAACUCUAGGAGAAACUCGUCCAAAUGUUUAUUAACUACAACUGCUAAUCACCUCCAGCAGAGAUUUGCUCCUCCUGAGGAAAGGAUUGGGAGGCGAACAUUUGGCCUGCAUGUUAACCAUUACCUGUAGACUGCCUCCAAGGUGAGAGGAGGUUUAAUAAACAAGCCGUAGGUGCUCUUUGGUGUCCGUUUGUGAUGUUGUGCUCGUUCUUCUCUUGAGGCCUCUUUCUCGGCUUGCCUGCAGUAUAGCAAACACAGCAUUAUCAUCCCGCUACCGUCAGCUUGUCUGAUAACAACACUGCAGAGAACUCUCACGUAUGUUCACACACAUACCGUACCACCGCUCCAGGCCAAGUUAUUUUCUCCUUUCCAAGAGAGGUAUAGUGGAAAUAUUGCCUUCUAUGGAGGUGUUUAUUGCUGCUUGUGGGUAUUUUUUACAGCCAUUUUUGUGUGUAACUUCUUUUUUUUCCCUGUGCUUUUAAAGGUGUUGAACAAGACAGAGUAAAAAUAUUCUGCUUACUCUCAAAGUCAAAGCACAGGAGCAUUAAACUGUGUUCUUAUUAAUAGCAACAUUCCCCAAAAGCGUGCAUGAGUCCUCUGUGAAGGCCCGUGCACAAUGCUAUGUCAUCCUGGAAUGUGUCCAGAGAUAUUUUAGUCACAGUGGAGCUCAGCACAAGACUGUCGAGAUGCUAUCGGCACACAGAAAAAGCCCACGAUCAGGGUAGCAAGCAUCGACUUUGCUUUUUCAGGCUGCGGAUGACUGAUAGGAGAGCAGUCACCGCUCAGUCUUACAAUCUUGCCAGAUUUUGGGCAGAUUGAGUUUCUCCAUUGUGUAUUUCUUUUUGAGUGGGUUUUGUGAUUUCUCUGCAGGAUUGAGAGCUCCACCUUGUUGGAGAGGGAACUAGGACAUGGGAGGAUCACAUAUUUCUAUUGAGACUCAUCAAGAAGUAUCUGUUAUCCAGGAUCAGCAGAUUUGUACAUCCCUUAAUUUGAAGAAUAGAAGGAAGUUAUCACUCACUUGCAGGGGACUGUCUCUUCAGCAGUUUCGGUAUUCAAAAUGAAAAAGUGCAUAGAUAUAUGAGCAGAAGGAUAGAGUUCACUCUAUUUCUCUGACCUCGUCACAUUUUGACACAGUUUUUUCAGCCAAAAUAUUCUGUUUGCAACUGAUGUCAUGUACCCAAAAAGAGUUGCCAAAAUUGCACUUUACAGUUGUCUUUAAAAAAGACUGAAAUCCUUUUUUUGUAACAGGCUGUAAACAUGUUAAAAUUUGCAGUAAAAGUGGACAAUUUAAUGGGGGCUCAAAAUGGUCUCCUCGCUUUAAGCGGACAAUGAGGAACUGCCACUUUUGGCACUUUCGUAUCAGCUUUUUUUGUUUGUUUUCUACUUGAAGGUUUUCACAUGGGGGAUGCUCACAAAACUCUACAGCAAGGGCUCUGACCUACAUAGUCUGCUUCUAUACCUGUGACAAUUGAACCUCCUCAAAACUGUGCAUCCUCUUCACAUAUAAUCCAAACUGAACUUCUGACCAUACCUUGAAAAUUCAAGAGCAAUAGAUUGAUUUAUGUCGUCACCAGCAAUGAUUUUUCAUUUCAAAACGUGUAAAUAUUCAAAAUAUGAACAUAACAUAGUCAAAAGGACACUUCAAUUUCAAUCUUAUAGGGUGACCAUAUUCUGAAUCCCCAAAAAGAGGACACGACUAAGCAGGGGCAGAGUCACGAAGUCGCAUGUAGUUAAUUUUGAGAGUUUUUUGGGUCGGGUCUAGUGUUUUUUACACACUUCUUACUCAGUAAGUCCAGGUGACACAAACUCAAAUCUUCCAUACAAAGCCCCAGAAUAUUUGAAGGAUUUUAUAAACUCCCCCAGACAAAGCCAGACAAGGCCAGACAGCCCCCCAAAAAUAGGUCAUGUCCAACUAAAAGAGGAUGUAUGAUCACUCUACAAUAGUAUACUCAGUAAAUGUUCUCAAAAUGAACAUUUACUUGUUCAAAAGCUAGCUUAGACCCAGUAAAUGCUUACAGAACCUGUUCCAGAUCUGGGGUUUCCUCUGUGACUAAGUACCGGCUCUGCUCCCUCACAGGCUGAUGACUCUCGGUAAACUUCACGUUAUCUUACCCAAAUGCUACCAAAUCUUUCUCUCAACACUCUUGCCAUCGAAGCAAGUUAAGUGUAACUUGUCAAACAUCAACACUAAAAUGCUGAAAAUGACCGCAAAAGUUGUAGAAUUGGGAUUUUUUCGACUGUUAAAUGACAGAAAUAUUUUGAAGCAGGUUGUGAGAACAAAGUAUGUUGACGCAGACAAAAUUAGAGUAUUGAGACUAUUAAGAUUAUCAUAUUCUGGCAUAAUAAGGGUUUAAAAUAGUUAAUUAAUCAGUGUUAAAUGAGUGUAUUUGCAGCAUCACAACUCAUUUUUAAACAUGAGUAAUUUGCAAUAGUCCUUGAGUUUGUAAUCCUUUCAGCCGUCACAAAGUUGCUUAAACUGCUGCUAAGUUUGCAUGCUUUUCUUGCCCUUUCCUUCCUCUUUGAGUGUGUACUUUUGGCCCAUGUAUGGAUUUCUUUCCCAGAACUUCUGCCCACAGAGUAUUUAGAUUAGUUUGAACUCAAGUUGUCUUUAUUGAAUAUCAUUGCGUUGAAGAAAAAGGUGCAAGGGGUCACAUCAAUUCCAAAACACGAUGCUGUGAAAACAGGCUCGCUGACAGCUAAACAUUUUCCCUGAGACACAAAGCAGACAUGGCCCCGCUCACAACCACCCCUCCUGCCUUGUUAUCUCUCUUUUCCCUCUCUCUCACACUUUCUGUCAUGUCCUGUCUCCGAGUCAAUCUUUUACUCACCACCUCUGCCUCUCACACGCAGUCACCAGCAGCACCGACUCAUUCUGUCACUCUCAUGUCACAGCAAACCAUCUCACUCUCCAUCACACGUGGGAUAGUGGAACAAAAUCAAAUGUUUUCUCCUCUCAAUUUAUCCUUUUCUUUUUGCUUUUCUCCCUGCGUGUCUCUUCACUCUCUCUUUCCCCUCACACUCUUAUCUGCCCUUUCCUCGCUAUCAGCUUAGCUCAGUGACAGAGCCCGUCGUGUUGGAACGCAUCCUGCUAGCUGAAGGCGAUGCGUCAUGUGUCACAGCCACCACACCAAAACAACUUCACAGAAACCCCUUACAUAACUAAAAUGAUAUCAAGCAUGUUGUUAACCUUCAUUUGCAAUUUUAGCACACUUUUUCUCAGCUUCUUCCUUCUAUUCUUACAUAGACAAUACAUCUAUGUGGGCAGGAAAUAAAGACAGAAGCAGGGAGAUGGUGGGAGGAGGAGACAAAGAAACAGGAUUAAGAGGAGGUAGGAGGUGAUAAAGACAGGAAGAGUUAUCUGGGGGAGUGAAAUGGAUUGUGAGAUGAUAAAAAAGGGUGAGAAAAAAAGGAGAGAGGGUAGAAAGAAAGCUCAAGACACUUGUAAGAAGAGGGGAGGACAAAACGGCUUGAAAAAAAGGAGGCUAUCGUGGAAAAUUAAAGAAAAUGACGAAGAUAGAAAUAUAAAUUUGAGCAAAGAAGCAGACAAAGAAGUGAAGAGACCAUUCACACCUUAGUCUGAGAUACUUCCUGUGAGAUGGGAUCACAGUAGACGGCUCUAAGUACAAACACGCUCACUUUACAUUGUCAUGCAUCUCCAACUGUGCCUCAGACGACCACUUGUGAUUAAAUCGCACCUUCCCGCCUCAGAUGCAAAUCAACACAAAGCCCCACACGCCUUCAGGAUGAAACAUAGAAAAGCUCUUGAGACCUGAAAAAACAUUAAAUAAUAAGAUAACAUGAUAGCGACUCACAGCAUGGGGGGCAGCUGCAUUUUACACUGAAGUAAUAAAGUCACAGUAACACUUUGAGAAUGACACAGUUGACAAAUACUGGUGUCUCCGACUGACAAACAGACCUUCAUUUUCCUCGCUGCACCGCAUUAUUAUGAGUUGUGAUGAACCAUCUCCCUACUGUGUCAUUAAAGCACGGGUAGAUGCUGAUCAUGCCUUUUAUUACGAUGUGCUUGGAUGAUAAAUGGACCACAGUGUUUGUACAUUCAACAUCAUAGUUGUUUGUCUGGCAUGCUUUUAUUUUGAUAUGUUUAUGCCUUGCAUUUAGGUAGCUUUCGUGCUUUUAUUUUGAAGUAUAAACUACUCCCAGUGGAUCAUAAGUCAGGGAGCUAAAUGAAAGCAGUUAAAAGAACAGUUAGAGAGUAAAAAUGCUCUAUUAAUUAGCUCUAAUGUUGCAUUUGGAUUCAAAAUAAAUCACUGGUUUAGUUUCUAAAAGUGUUUGAUCAUCCCUCAGAGAGCUGCAUCAAGCUAGAUCACAGACAGUCUAUUUUGUUUUCCUCUCGCCUCUGUUUUAUGACAUGUGCCAAUAAGCAUAAAGGACUCUGAGCUGUAAAUUCACAGUACUGUUUGGUUACUUUAAGUGCAAUAUCAAUACUCAACAUUUUGAUAAAGAAGGUUAUCAUAAAUACAGGUUUACUAUGACAGCCCUACUUCACAUUUUGGAACAGCCUGGGAAGAUGAAAAUGCAAUAUAUCCAGGAGACACAGCAUAGAAAUAUCACAUCAGUUAUAUAGGCAGAAGUCUCUGUUACUCCAUAGGAUCAUUGCCAUGGAUACUGAGGGAGUGGGUGGUCCAUAAUGUGGCCCAGGACACAUGAGAGCACAAACUGUCAGGCCAUUGUAUACAGAUCUUUCCCAGAUCACCCCUGUAGGUGGCCUAAGUGAUCAGAUCUCAAUCCAUCCAGGGUGUGUUUAACCCUGUUGUCCAGGCUUUUCACCUGUGAUCUGAUCACACAGGAUGAAUGUUGAUAUUAGGGAUAAACAGAGUGUUAGAGAGGGGAAUAAAGGAAGAUGCUGGGGAAGAUAGUAAAAUAUCAACCGAGAUACAAGGUUCAAAAAUAGAAAACAGAGAGGCUUGAAUUAAGUUAUCGUGCACUUAUGUUUGCUGAUGUUGCACAGGAUUUGACAGCACAGCACCUGCCAUACGCAGCCCAAAAAGGCCUGCAAACCCCCAAACAGUACAAGGAACAAUGAUGAGUGAGGGAGAAAGUGAGGCACCAUGGAGACAAACACCAGAGGAGGAAGAUGGAUGGUGGAGGGAAGGCAGCCAAGACAAAAAUCUACCCAACCUUAAGUAGACGCAGCGUCCUAAUGCUUUAAUGAUAAUCUCCUCUCUGUUGUGUUAUUGCAAAACUCUCCAAGAGAAAGGCUCCAUCGUCAGCACAUUCGGAAACACACACACUCACACACACACACACGCUUGGGGAGGUCUAUCUAAAAAUGUCCUGAGCCCUGCUGCAGUAAUGCUAGGCUAUUAGCGCUAACUGCUGACCUGUAGGAACAAGCAUCGACAGCCAGCAUCGCUCUGAGCUCUGUGGUAAAUUUGACACCCACAGUGCUCUGAAUGAAGGUUUCCCUGUAUAAGUGGAAACAACUGCGAUUUUGGGUGAAUAUAUCAAAAAUGUUAACCUUGUGUGGCGCUGAAGUUUAACACUCUUUAAAUUCAGAUUUAAAGCAGAAGAUUGUGUCAAAGCACCGCAGCGUGGGGGGUUAUUACAAGUGCAAAUGCAGGGGGAUGCAUGUCAGUGGCAGCUGCUGAGUCACUUUAUUUCAAUUCACAGCAACCACGAGGAGUCAAGUAGGUUCUCCACUGCGCCCUGUUGCUGGAGCACGCAGGCAGUAAAGUGAGGGCCCGUCUCGACAGGGUAACAAUGGCAGACGCUCAGAAUGUCAAACAUAAUUGCGACGCUGUUUGUCAUUUAUCAAAGGUUUACCCAGUUGACAUUUUCUCAGUUUGAUGAGGAAGACAAGGCUGAUUUUCGAUGAAACAGUUUCAAAGGUCAUGUUCCAACCCAGUCAAGUUUGAUGCUGAUUUGGACUCUUAUAGACAGUCAUAUAGAGUGUUUGAACAAGUUAAGCUGCUCAUGAAAUAAAAGUCAAACCCCGGGGAGUUGUCUCUUUCUUCUUUCCCCCGCUCACUCUUUCUUUUUGUCAUUUUAUUGUACUGAAUCAGGCACUGACUGCAUAUUUUUGAUCUGAACAGAGUGAGGGAUGAUGCCGAAGAAACUUCAGAGGAUCUGCUUUUUGAGGUAAACCACCCUUUUGGAAGCAUUCAUUAAUUCACUAAUCUGUGAUGUACACCCUCUUCUUUUUGGUGUUUUUUUGGAUUUAAACCUCAGCUGCAGAAGCAAAAAGCAGCACAAGUAAUGAUACCAUGUUGUCAGCUUUCAAAUCAUCAGAAAAAAAACAGAUAUGACAUCCUAUAAAACCACUUUCAAUGGUUCAAAAAAAUUCAGAACUACCUGUUUGAAGUAAUAUCUCACUUUUAGAACAUUUCCAAAAGCAGCAAAUGAUACUAUUUUCAUAUGAGGCAGCACAGCCCCGCCCUGUCUUCAUUUAUUCAGCCUUACUGCAGAAGCUCUUAAACCCUGUGAGCCAUGUUGGCUAACAUUGUAUGCGCUCGACUGCUUCCAUUUAGCCGCACUAACGCUCUCAUUCAGGUACUCCUCAUCAAUCCUUUUUACAGUCUUUUGCAUAAGUGCUUCUCUAUAAUGACGCAUUAAAGACAGUCUGCAGUUUGUUUUGUGCGCUUUAAACGCUUAAACUAUUAGCAAACACUAUUUCUAAUGAGUCUUUUUGUAGUUUUAUUGAUUGAGUUUAGGGACUUACUGGAUUAAUAUUUCAUGAAAAGUAGCUUCCAGCAGGCAUUAAACUUUAAAAUGGGGGACUAAUUUACAAAAUAUGGAGAGAUAAACGGCAGAGGGAAAGAGCAAAGCCUUAAGACCUAAUGACAUGGGCCUAAUGAUAUUCUUAUAGAUACUCAUGACUUGAAGAAAUACUGCUUCAUUUGUUUCCUAAAUGACUUAAACAGCAUAUAAUUCACUAAAUGUUGGAUUUUUUAUAACAAGAUAUUCACCUUUUGUGCUCUAUGCAGCUUUUUAUGCUUAGUUGCUCCUCUGGAGAGGGAGCAGGGAUGCAGCCAUCACAUUUAAAGACAAUGAAACUUCAUUUGCUUAAGAGCUACUUUUAAUCACAGUAAAAGUGCUGCAGGGCAAAACUGCAUCACCUCCUGAGGCUGUGCAUGCUUAGUUACUUGUAUAAGAUAUUAGAGGACCUAAAUACACACAUACAGGGAUUAAAGGUAUAUCCUGCCAUCCUCACCCACUGACAGAGAAAACGCUUCGGCUCUUUAAUCUCUCGCCUCCGUUGUUUAUUUUAACGCCGCAUGACAUCAAAGUGCAGCAGAGGUUCACAAGGAGGAAAUGCACUUUUGCUUCCUGCUAAAUGACGGUCCGUAGCACAUCCUCGCAUGCACAAAGGCCUUCUGAGUGGGCUUUUUUGUUGUACACCCACACACACGCUAUCCUCCCACCGAUCUGCCGCCGCUUCCCCCCCAUCAGUGCUCCAUCUCCUCUCUUUCAUCUUCUUAUUUGACCUGACUCUUAUCUGCACACUAUGAAUGGGACAAGGCCUGGGCAGCUCCCUGGCAUUAUGGAGCCAGAGGGAUAGACAGGAUAAGCAGCAGGGGCCAGUAAGGCUUGGUGGAGGAUCCCAGUGGAAAUGUGGGGCCGAGCUGCAGGGCUCUUUGUCAUGGAAAUGGAUAAAUGUUAAUUUGUCCAGAGUGAGAGCUGCGCCCGCACCGCUUUGGGCAUGCUCCUGAUCUUUAGGGAUGUUUUUGGACUCUAGGUCAUACGAUAUGGCCCCAAUGACCAUCCAGAGGUGCAGGUUUCCACCAUUUCCAUCAGGAGGCAAAUACAGCCGGCCCUGAUGGUCUUUGUGUGUCUUCCAGUAACAGUGGUUCUCUCAUGGUUCUCCCACAGGUUGCAACAGGGAGACCAGAAACAGCACAGGGUCUUUGGCACCGCCUGGACUACAAGUAUCCUUUCACUGCUUUCUUCUCCAAAGCACUCCCACAUCUGCUCACACUCACAAUGCUUAAUGCACCCAUCUGUGGAGCUGAGUAGUAUUAUAGGGUGAGUAGAAGGAAAAUAACAGAGUGCUGCAUUUCAGGGGAUGUGAAGAAAGGCCCUUGUGUGUUGUGAUGGUCGGGCAAAGAAGAAGCUCUUAAUAUAGUUCAGGAGAGUGCUUACUCCUAUAUUUAAACUAAAUACUCCACCUAUGGGUAUUACUUUUUGUAGAUGCUCUCACAAUAGGAAGAUAAUAUAAGACAUAAUUUCGUUAUCAUUUCCUUAAAGUAAUAAUCACCAUAUCAAUCACUUUACAAUGCAGAUGCAGUAGGUCUUCUGCCUUAGUGUCUCGGUCUGAUUGCAUUUCCAUAAAGAAAUGAACAUAAAUGUUUUUCCUUGAGCUGCGUCACCCCGCAGCAGGCCGUAAUGGACUGGCCUGAGGUCUCGCUACAAAUGAGCGGCUGCUGGAAGAGAGGAGGAGAGUUGUGUUUGGUCUCUUUGCUUAAGAAAUUAGGCAAAGUUAAAAAGAUGUUUGGUGGCUAGUGCUGUGGCUUGGACCCUAUAUGUACUGUUGAUGAAGCAAGCAGUCUGCAUCAUUCAUCUCUCGAGGGGGUGUCUAACUCAGUGUUACAGUGUGUUUGACCCGAAAUUAAUUUUACGCCAGAAUGUUCCUUUAAAGCUGGACAAAGUGAUACCUGUGAUCUACGGUCCACUGCAUGUGAAAGUUGUGUUUUUAGACAAAAAGUUUGGUCUGUUGUCUGUUAACAAUGAAGACGGUCACUCACUGGGAGUAUUUGCUUCAGAUUCUGUUUCAGACUGUUCCUCCACCAGUGAAAAACUUCCCAUAGUACCUUUUAAAGGGGAUGGUUUGACAUUUUUAAAAAUAAAACCUCAAAACAAAUGUUUUUUAGGCAUAUUUUGUUGUCAGUUUGCUAGCAGUGGAUGAAACCCAGGGCACUAACCUCUUCCCAUUCUUCAAAAUUAGCUAAGCUAACAGACAGCUGUUGAAAGCUCAGACACUUUGACAUUUUGAACAGCUGUUUCCAGAGCAACAAAAUAAACAAACAGAAAAAAACAUCUCAACCAUGUACAUUGGACAAACCCAGAAUUGAUGCCACCUUCAUUUCCAGUUUUUAUACUGUGCUAAGCCGAGCCUAGCUAAGGUAACCGACUAGGCUACCAUCUGUGAGUGUGCGGCUCCAAAGAAACACAGGAUGAAUGUUUGUCACUGAAUGCAAAAUGCUUUUCAUGAUGUAUUUGCUGUUGACUGCAGGGCAAACUGGAUUCCUGUAAUCAGAAAAUGGAGUUCAAUCAUCCAGCAGUUUAAAAAAACGGUGCUGUCCUCUGCUGCAGAGUUUCAUGAGGACUGCAUUAAGUUUACGCUAAUCGAAUUUUACCACUUAAUGGCCUCAUGACCUGGCUCGGUACUCGGAGGGGAGCACAUCAUUUUACUUUAUGGACUCCGUCCUCUGCUGCAAAACAAUGCAGGUCUGCCAGUACAUUAAUUUAGCAUUUUCAUUUAAUGCAUGAGUGCAUUAAUAUUAAAAUGAGCUUUUUUCAGCUUCUAUAGAAAAGGGCAUCUAAAGAGAAAAGGAGACAUAUGACUGGACUGUGUUGGUAAGCUAUGAACUCUAGCUAAAGAUAGAUGAGGCAAAGUAUUAAAAAAAUAUGAUGGUUUCUUUCUGCAGGCUGUUUCAACAGUCCUGUCCUUUUUCUGUAAAAAAAAGCAUCAUACUUCGCCUGCUGAAUCAUGUGAAGGCUGUCCAAUUCUCUUACAUAACACCAUUAUGACACUCUAAUUAGAUGAGCAGAGAUUAGGAGGUAAUGGCAUCCAUAUUUACUGUGUGUAUGAGAAUAUUUCACUCCCCUGAUGUAUUUGCAUUUCGCGGAGCUGAAAGAUAAAUAGAGCACAGUCAAAAUGCUUCAAAAUGAGCUCUGAACCUUUAAUGAAUGUAAUAAGAAUGUAAAUGAUGAAUGUGAAACACUGUAAUUAGUUUAUGGAGGUAUCUUUGGCAGAGAUUAUAGCCUUGGGUUUCAUGUGAUCCCAAACUUAAUCGAAUUAACCUGGGAGCAUCUGUGAACACACAUUUACAAGUCGCUCUCAGAUGUUUAAAUGGACACUGUCAGGUAUUUUUCUUUGCUCAAACAGCUCACACUGAAAUAUUUUUUCUCGAAAAGUGCCUCCGCGUCGCUCCUUUGUGUCCUCACAAGUCUGCAUGUCCCUGCUGCUGAAAAAGCCUCCUCACAACAUGAUACUGCUGCCACCUCCAUUUUCACAGUCUGGUGUUAGAUGAGUGAUAAAACCUGGCAAGUUUCUAACAAAGAUUGAGCUUCACAUUACAGCUCAAUAGCACAUUUAAUCCCUUCUGGGAAAAACCGUUGCAUCUCUUUGCUUUGCCUCUAAAUGUUGUUUUUUUGCUUUUUUCAGUUUCUUUCCAUUUUGAACCUCUUCUUAUUCCAACCAGCUCUGCCUUGAGUUGCUUGUGACAAAGUUUCUUAUCAAACCCAUUUCAGCUCAGGCUUUUAAAUCCUCAAAAGACAGAAAUGUGAACAUGUAAAGUAGCUGUUAGACUCCAAUCUUGGUUUGACUUCAGAGUUCAGAGUUAGCACUUUAGCUCCCCAAAUCACUGAUUCAAAUGCUAAUUUUCACAAAGCCAGCUGCUAGUUGUAAAACAUUACAACUACUCAAAAGGUCCUGUGAGGAGCUCUUGGUUAUGAUGACUGUAAUAAAUAUUUAUGCCUCAUAAUGAGCUACAAAAGCAAAGAAGACCAGCACUGACUAUAUCUAAUUUACCAAUAUAGUUAAAGCUCCUAUGAGUAGCUUUUUGUCUGUAUUGACAUUGGCGCCCCCUAUGGACAAAGUGGUAACUGUCUGACCCGAUGUUGUGUAAUUUUUGAUUACCCAUCCAUGUCCCUUCCUCUUUUCCUCCAGUAUCAUUUGAACCAUAUCAAACUGAACCACUGACAUCCGGAUGUCAGAAUAUUUCCUUUAUCAGUAGGUGAAAUUGCCUUUGCUCUCUGGAGUGGAUGGACCCAAUGAUUUCUUUUUCACCGUUGCUGUGUCAAGGAUUCAUUUAGUCUAAUACUGCAAAUUUCACAAUUAACAGAAAAAUAAGCACAUCAGAUUCAGUGUGCAAAUUUUCUAUGCUUAAUGUUUUUGCUCAUCAGCUCAUAGAUCCAAAAAAAGGCACCAGAAAAAAAGGACUCAGCGUGCAGAGACCUUUAUUUUCAAUGUGUGAAAAUGCUGCCACAGGCUAGAUGUCAAAGUGACAAACUGCACAUUGCCAAAGCAUUAUUUUUUCAUUCCAUUAAAAUAAAGCGGGAUAAAAAUGUUCUGUAAAAUACAAUGUUUACUCAGACACAAGACAACAUAAGCAGGAGGAUAAGAUUAACCUCUUUGUCCACAGGGCUUGACAAGAUUUACACAAGCCACAAACCACAAGCCUCGAAGGAGCUUUAAAGAAACUCUUAGUCUUUGUAGAAGUUGACUUUAAGAAAAUUCUCAGCUGAAGCUUUUGACAUUAGUGAAAUAGACUGAAAUUUAUGUUGAUGCUUUUUAUGAUCAACAAAAGCAAAAAAGACAACCAUCAAUGAGAUAGACAAUUUUAAUACUAAAGUAUUUAUCGUCUAAAACCUGUUAGAGAGGGCAGGCAUCAACAGAACAGCUGAAUAAACAGCCCUGUUUUUACAUUUUGGGUUUUCAUUGUUCACAUUUGACUGUCAAAAAGCAGCAGGAUGAGAGUUGUUGUCAAAAGUCAGUACUCAGACAUGCAGAAGAUUAAAUAAGCAAAGAGCCUUACCCUAACCUACAAACAGGAAGUUCCUCCCAGAAUCUUUAAAUUUGCCAAACUGGUUUUAAAAAUUUAAUGACAUUUCAAAAUAACUACAAUUUGGUGAAUAUUGAAAGUUAAUUCAACAGAGAUGUCUGUAGUUUCUGAUAAUACUGAACAGCUCUCUAGAAGGGUGACUUCAGCAUUAGUACUCAUGUAAGGAGAAGACUCUGUCUGACCUAUAGGAAACAGACUAAUUUGCUUUGCAAGGAGCAAGAUGAGAAGAUUGACACUACUCUCACGUCUGUUGCAUAAAUAUCGCCUGAGGUUGUAGCUGUCAGCCAGUCAUCUUAGCUUCGCAUUAUGGUUGGAAAUGGUAAAACAGUUAGCUCACUGUCUAAAAUAUCUUAACCUUACUGCAUGGUUGGUUAAAUUCUUACAGAUACAGUCAUUUUUCGUGUUUGGACAGAGUUGAUUUAACUCACCAAUAUCUACGAAGACAGUCAGAGGGUUGAUAAAUGACCAACCCCAACAUGGCACACUGCAAGCACAGUCUACUUUCAUUUCUUGCAACACAACAUUGCAGUCUGUGUAACUAUAGUAACCACAUAGAUUAUCACCAUCCCCUUUGGCUGUAGUUAAAAGUCUCCAUACUGGGUUGAGAUAAUGUGUGCCCGCAUGGAAAUGUGUAAAGUAGAGAGAGGGAGGGGAAGGGAGAAGCCCUGAGCAAGAUGAAAGGCCGGGCCAAUGUUUCCUACUGACGGGGGGAAAAAUCACACUAUAGAGAGGCUUUGAUGUGGACCAGGUGAGAGAAGCCCCUGCCUGGAUUCUGCCGCCAGGUAAUUGAGCUUUGUGUUGGUUGCUGGUGUCUCAUCCUGCAGAAGCACUACCUGAACCAUUUCCCUGUGGGUCUGGCUUUAAGGCUCAUUAGGACAAACAUUUUACUCCUAACCAGUGAUUUGACCCACAUCAAAGCUUUUCUUGCUGUAGUAGUUAGUACACGCUGUAGUUUCAAGGCAACCUGUGUUUUUGUUUUGACUCUGGUAUUUCAAAGACCACCCGUGUUUAAGGGACCUGGAAUGGCUGUAUUGUACUGUUGGCUGGAGAAGCCUGUGGUGCCUCUUGGAAGAUAAAUCUCUAAGCCUUAUCUAUAUUUAUAGAUCCAUAUAUGGCAAGGGAUACACAAAACACAAGAAUAACAGAUGGUGGUGAGCCAAGCUAUAAAUUUGACAUUGUGUAUUGACUGUGUAGAUGCUAUAAUUAUGCAGUAUAGUCUCUUUGAGGGUUUCUUUAUAUUUUCAGUGUUAGAUUUUAUAAUGAAUGCGUCAACCCACAGGCAGUAUUUUAUUGUACCACACUAGUAGUGUGAAGCUUAUUCUACUACACUCACUUUGGUAAUUUAUUCUCUUAAAAUGCACAGUUUUGUUUAGAUGAUACUUUGUCUGAUGUGAAAUCCAAAUCUCUAAAGAAACGUAACUACAGAUGUAAAAUAUACGAAGAACAACAGUUCCUUUUGAAAUAUCAAAUUAAGUCGAUUUAAGUCGCCAUCAUAGACUGUAUAUACUCUGGACAACUUGGUUCCUCCUUCCACCAUUAUACAGAGUUGAAGCCAAAAAGCUCUCGGUAAUUCUGCUUUUUUUUUCUCCACUUCCUGAAACCAACAAUGCGCAGGAACAUUGUGCGCAUUCAGCGGGACAGUCGCCGAGAGUUGCUGUGAUGCUCUGGGCUCAAACAGCGUAUCCCAAGGGUGAGCCAAGCAAUCUUUGUAUCAGGUAUCAUAGAAAACAUGAACCCCCUAAUAACUUUUAACAUCGCAAGCAGGGGUGAAAUGAAUUUCUAAAGUUUGUCCACAGCCCCAUAGGGAUGGCUGGCAGAGGCCCACCACCAGGGUUCUCGGAGUGGCUUUACCCAGCGAGGAGGCAGACGCUGUCCAUUCUAUAUACAGUCAAUGGUCGCCACAAAAUAUUCAAAUUAUGAGGGAUAUAUAACCUACCAGAGAGCAGUGACUUCUUCAAACUAAUUAAUUAGGUUUAUACAUCACAGACCAAAAAAUAGCGUUUAUCUCAAGCUUGUAUAUCUUGUCUUUAGCUUCUCAGCCAUAUUCCUCUCAGUGUAUUCAGUUAAUAGUGGAAUAAAAUAGCCGUAAAGCAGAGAACAGAUAUCUCCUGACAGCAAGAACAUGAAUGUAUUUACUGUCCUCCGCUGGUGAGAGGUCAGGAAAAGGAGACGUGUGGGACACGUAGAGAAGCAAUAAGCUUGCAGGGAAAGAGAGCUGAAGCAGCAGUUGUGCUUCUACCCCCACACAGAUACUCAGCACCUUUUCCCACAUGUGCGCACACAGACACACAACUAAACAACGUGGCAUUAUUGCAGAGCCGAAAACAGCUCUAGCCUUUAUAAUUACUGCUGCCAUCUAGUAUUAUGCCAGCGUUGAACAGAAGGACUCUGUGCCAACAAGGGGACAACUCACUCCUGCAGGUCCCAAGGAAGUCGUUACCUCUUUCUUCCUUUUCUACCUCCUACACUCUUCCUCUCGUUCCCUCUCCCUCACGUUAGACAUUUAUAAAUAAAUCCUGUUAGCUGGCAGAAAAGUGGCCAUAAUUCCCACCUCUUGCAUUUUGCUGAUAACAGCACCAGAAUGUAAGACUUGGCACUGAGUACAACAUUAGAUCAGUUUCCUCUUCUCUCUGUUGUUUUUUAUUUUUUGGUCCUCAUGCCAGAGGAUUGUGUACUUGUCUGCUUUCUCUAUGUUGCACAUUAUUCAUUAUAGGCUCUGAGGUACAAAGGUUGCAUCAUGCAGAAAUUAUAGUGCUGGUGAAGUAUUGUGUUCUCAUUCUCCGUGGGGGAGCAAAGUAUCGACUCAUGAACAAGGACAAUUAUAAAUCCACGUAUACUUAACAGCCAAAACUAACCAGGAUUUGUUACUAUAGAACAGUAUAGAUCGGCUGUCAACAGGAUUCUGUACACAGAACUCUGGCAGGAAAACAAUGCUGUCUUAAAUGAAUACUUAUACACAUCUAUUUGUAAGCUACCAGACUCUAUAACCAAAUCCUAGUUAUAGUUAACUUCUAGACUGAUCCAUCCUGCUUAACCCGGCAGUUUGAUUCCUGUUUUGGAAAUGAAAGGCUCCAUACUUUAUCCUUUCUUCUUCUUUUUUUUUACUUUAAAGCCGUUAGAGCUGCCUGAAAGCUGUUUGGUGAGUGUUUUUCAGCUCUUUGCUGAUGAUACUCUCCUAUAUACUUGAGCAAAGACACCAGAUGAAGCAGCUGAGAGAUUAUCAUCAUGAUUAAAUGGGGUAUGUAAGUGGCGUUAUCGAAAUGAGCUUCCUUUGAACAUGAAAAAGAGAGCUGUUUCCAGCUUCUCAGCUGACACCUACCCACUCAUGUCGGUUACAGGCGUUUAAGAAACACAACAUAAAAAUCAUCACUAAUGUUUCUUACUUCUUGCUUGUUUUUGUAUAUCAUAAAAAAUCUUCAAUAUGAAUUUCCGUCUGUUGCAUUAGUAUAAAAAAAAAAACUCCUCACAGGAGCUUUAAAACAAUAAUAUUUUGUUUUAAUUUUACAUAAAGUAAAAAUUUAUUUCAUGUUAUUUUUAAACAGUUCUUAUUGUUUUCAUGUUAUUGUGUGAAAUACUGAUAUUUUUCUUUUAAGUAUGCAUCAAUAAGUUUACCAAAAGCCUAACUAGGGAAAUGAGUUGGAAAACAGCAAUAGUUAUCAUUUCUGUAUGUAAAACAUUAAGUUACUACAGCUUGGAGAUGUGUCGUAAUUCUUAGUCUGUUUCAAAUAAACUAUAAAGAUAAAAUAUAUAGCCAUGUAUGUACUCUGUAUGCAACAAAAUGCUCAGUUCUAUGAGAAAUGCAGAUAUUCUGUAUUCAUGAUCUAACUAUUAGACCUUUUUCUCACUUGAAAUGUAUUAAUCAAACCAUUUCAGGCAGGCUGUUUUUGCUUGCCUUGCAACCUGACAGAAAAUAGUGGAGGAAAAGCUCCAAAAUUUUAAAUGAGAUUAUUCUCCAACCUUCUUGCGGAAAGUACUGAAAUAAUUAAAGUUUUCCUAUACAAAUCACUUUACAUUAAACUGGAUUGUCUGUUCAGCUAAUUUAAGCCCUCUAUGCUUCCUGGGGAGGAAAAAAUGCUAUUCAGGAUCCUCAAAGAAACUAGUGAUGGAUUUAAAAUGCUCUGUUUUUAUUUAGAGAAGCAUGAGACAAGAGAUUUCUAUCUAUAUUUAGGUGGUUUUGAUGCUCAGAUCCACAAACAUAUCUUUUUAUGGAUAUCAAACUUCACAGUAAAUGUUCAAAAGGUAUGAAAUAUUCUUCUCUAUCAGGCCUUCUGCUGUUCUCCCUUAGUGUUCCCCUCCCAGAAACUUGUUUGUUGUUGAAUAUUUCAUUGUGGGCUUUUAUUAGUGCAGAAAACUACCCAGCAGACAAGAGCUGGUACUUGUAUAUUAAAUAUGCUAACAAUUUAGCAAUCUGCAUCUUAAAUGGCACCAGCACCUAAAGCGGGAAUGACUAAUAUGCAUCUGUAUGCAGAUUGUUAAAACGCCACAGCUACUUGAAGGCAGAUGAUGGCCUUAUAAGGGUAGCUUUAUGCUGCACAGUCUAUAAUUUUCACAUUAAAUCGUUCUGAUUCAGAGCAAUGAUGACAGUGGAAUUGAAAUCUGCUGUGUCAUUGUUCAGGCUCUCUCUAAGCUGUGCUCUGAGUGAUGUGUUGACUCAAGUGAUGUUGAUCCUUUAGAAAUAAACUACCUCAGAUGUCUGUGCAGUAUGUCCAAGAGUAAAAAGCAGGACUGUAAUGUUUUUCAUGCUUUUUUUUUAGACCAAAAUGAGUCACUUUGAUCAAUUCUUUCCACCCCAGUCACUAGAUUCUGACAAACACUCCCUAAAUUCCUUCAGUCCCACUCAUAAUAAUCAUUCCCUGAUAAGCAUUUCCAGCUGGUUGAACACCUUCAUGUUUUAAAACCUUUACGAGCACUUAUAACUAAAUCCUUAAACUGCCUCUGUUACUUAUUUUACACAUUAUGACAAAAUGAGCCCCCAGUGGGAUGUGCUUUGGCACUGCUAAAAUCUUCAUAGUUAUGACUAGAUAGCCUGAGGCCAGAUUUGUAAAAGGAUAAAAACAAUCCAUUUACUGCUGUCGUUGACACUCACACACCUUUGCCUUCAUGCCUUAACAAGGUCACAGAUAUCUAAAGCCUCUGCUGACACAUCGUGGCCCUCCUUUGACCGACUCUCUACCCCAGUGCUGUGCAGUAUUCGCCAGACUCUUCAGCAGCACUAACACCCAGGAGGUAAGACUUCUUUUGUGGUGUCAAAUACUGGAAUAUCUUUAGGAGGAGCAGAUAAAUAAUCAAAUAUGUUUUUCCAGAAUGAGGAGCAGCUGUGUGAGACUGAACCAGACGAUUCUACCUGUGAUUUGGAGAAAGCAGAGAACCAGCUUGUGUCAGUAGGUGGCGACUCUGCAUCUGAGCACCAUGAAGACCUGCUGGAGGGAGACCUGGGCCUGGGUACUGCUGCGGCACUCUCCAGGGAGGGCUGA